AUGGAGGAGGAGGCCUCCGCCCCGUCGGGGCCCCGCUCGGCGGUGGAGAAACUGUCGGAGGCGGUGGGCCAGCGCACGAAAGCCCUGAGCAGCGCGCUGCAUGAGGCCAACCGCCAGCGGCGCCUCCUGCUGGUCAUCGUGUGCGUGGCGCUGCUGCUGGACAACAUGCUGUACAUGGUGAUCGUGCCCAUCGUCCCGGACUUCGUGGCCGCCCUCAACGUCGCCGAGGAACGCCAGCAGGGAGCGCAGCAGCAGCAGCAGCAACAGCAACAGGCGCCCGCCCCGGCCACCGCCGCCUCCAACAUCUCCACGACAGGUGGUGGCCUGGGCUGGUCCCUCAACAGCACCCGGCCCAUGCUGAGGCCUCGCUACCCGGCCGACAGCGACGACAUCCGGAUCGGGGUGCUGUUCGCCUCCAAGGCCAUCUUGCAGCUGCUGGUCAACCCGCUGAGCGGCACGUUCAUCGACCGCGUGGGCUACGCCAUCCCUCUGCUCAUCGGCCUGGGCGUCAUGUUCCUGUCCACCAUCAUCUUCGCCUUCGCCGAGAACUACGGCACCCUGUUCGCGGCGCGCAGCCUGCAGGGCCUGGGCUCGGCGUUUGCCGACACGUCGGGGAUCGCGCUCAUCGCCGACAAGUACACGGAGGAGUCGGAGCGCAACCGCGCGCUGGGCAUCGCGCUCGCCUUCAUCUCCUUCGGCAGCCUGGUGGCGCCCCCUUUCGGAGGCAUCCUGUACUACUUCGCGGGCAAGAGGGUGCCCUUCCUGGUACUGGCCUUCAUCUCGCUCCUGGACGGCCUGCUCCUCCUGUUGGCCAUCAAGCCUUUCAGCGACAGGUCUCGGGACAACAUGCCCGUGGGCACCCCCAUCUACAAGCUCAUGAUAGACCCCUACAUCAUGGUGGUAGCCGGGGCCCUCACCACGUGCAACAUCCCCUUGGCUUUCCUGGAGCCCACCAUCUCCAACUGGAUGAAGAAGACCAUGGACGCCAACGAGUGGGAGAUGGGCCUCACCUGGCUGCCGGCCUUCAUCCCCCACGUGCUGGGCGUCUAUGUCACCGUCAAGCUGGCAGACAAGUACCCCCACCUCCAGUGGUUCUAUGGGGCGCUGGGCCUGGCCACCAUAGGGGCCUCCUCCUGCAUGGUGCCCGCCUGCCGGAACUUCUGGCAGCUCACCGUCCCUCUGUGUGGCAUCUGCUUCGGCAUUGCCCUGGUGGACACCGCCCUGCUUCCCACCCUCGCCUUCCUGGUUGACGUCCGCUACGUGUCGGUCUAUGGCAGCGUCUAUGCCAUCGCCGACAUCUCCUACUCGGUGGCAUACGCCCUGGGGCCUAUUGUGGCCGGGGAGAUCGUCCACUCCUUUGGCUUUGUGCAACUCAACCUGGGCAUGGGCCUGGCCAACGUGCUUUACGCCCCCAUCCUCCUGGCCCUCAAAAACAUUUGCCAGAUGAAGCCCUCGCACUCGGAGAGGAACAUUCUCCUGGAGGAGGGACCCAAGGGACUCUACGACACUAUUAAGAUGGAAGAACGCAAAGGCAAGGGCAAACACCUCCACCCGGUAGGGGGCGCUGAAGAGAAUAGUGUAGACUCUUUCCAUAGAGACUUCAGAGGGGCGUCUGAAGAGGACUCUUCAGACUAUGACUAUACUUAGAGGGUGGGCGGAGUACCCCAAGAGGGAGUUAUGGAGAGCAUCUUGGCUGUUAUGCCCCAAUGUGCCAAUAUACUACUUUAACCUUUGUCUUGAUGUGAUGGCUUUCUUCUUCUUCUUCUUCUUCUUCUUCUUCUUCUUCUUCUUCUUCUUCUUCUCUCAAAGGUAUUACCUUAAACACCCUGUCAAGAUGAAAGCUCCAAAUAACUAUCCUAACACGAAUGGUGCAUUUGCAGAGAUCUGUGAUGGUCUUUUCCUGUUAAAAGAGGGAAGGGCUCACGUUCAAAACUCCCUGACAAAAGCCUGUUGUGCCAAGAGGUUUUUCUCGCAAUGUUUGUGUGUGACUUUCGGCUGGUUCACACAUGCAUGUACAUCACUAAGUUUGCCACAUACACGGGGGUAAUGCUAUCCCUUGGAAGCGUUUCACACAAUUACACGGGUUUUCUUUUUCUUUCUUUUUCCCUACACUUGACUGCGGCACGCUUGAUGACUUGAAUGUGUGAACUAACUCCGCCGAGAAAGCGUUGUGUUUUUGAGGUGGUCUGAAAAUUAUGUCUGUGGUGUUGGGCUUGUGAGGGUCUGCUCCUCCUUUGUGAAUCACCCCCUGGAUUUUGUAGCUCGAGGGAGACAGGGGCCAAUCACCCUGUCCUGCAUAGAUUCUCAUAGAAACACCUUACAACACCACUUCUUAAAAUUGUAAGGGAGAAAAAAGUAAGUUGCAAAAUGCACACCCGGGGUCUCAAUAAAUAUUGUACAUUUUUAUAAAUAUAUAUAGGUACCUGUGUGGAAACUUUCGGUUUCAUAUUUAAUGCCAGCAAUGGAAAUCACGUCGUAUUAUUUCUCCUCUCAGUGAGGGGGAAAGAAAUCUGUAACCAUUUAUUUAUUUUUCUGUUGUGCUGCUACUCUGAUAAAUGCAAUAUACCGUACCAUGUUUUAGUCUGAAACUGCUACACUGGUUGUGCCGGCUGAAUAAAUGGCGUUCAGGGGAACCGUACGUCUUGGCUUCGUUUGUGUUUGUGUAAAGACCUGGGGUGCAGUCCUAAGUAUGCUUAUUGAUCAAAUUCCAUUGAAUUCGGUGGAACUUCUAAUAAUAAUGCACGUGACUGUCAGAUGGGUCCAUAUAGGAGCUUUAAUUCCUGGCUUCAACAGUAAAGUUAUAGAAGUCAUUCUGGAAAUACAACUUCCGUCCCCCGCAAGAAAUCCGCUUGAAAUCAUAUAUUCCUGCCACCUACCCAAAUACUAUAGAAAAAAGACGAAGGCAGGCUGGCGAGAUCCAAUCAAAGGGAAGCACUUUAAAAAAAAAAAAAAGCCACUGCCAUUAAUGUACACCUAUGUGCUUAAGGCUACAAUCCAUUACCCACUUUCCUAAGAGUAAGCCCAACUGAAAUCAGCUGGGAACGUCUGAGUAGAUGUGCAUAGGAUUGCACUGCCAGUCUCGCCCCUGGAACUCAGUGAGACGUGCCUCCCUCUCUUGCCCACGGUUUUUCAAAAAUUAGUUGCGCUGAGCUCAAGAGGACUUGCCUCCUGGUGAAGGUAUGCGUAGGAUCACAGCCUUAGCAAUGGUUAAAUGAAGAUUUGGAAUCAAUGGAAUUUUCAAAACUGCGCGUCUCCAGCUGGGCGCACCGCUCUCUCGCAAGCAUUUAUACAAAGUAAAAGUAUAUUGAAAAGUUUUGUGAGCGACAGCAGGGAUCAGAAAGAUUUUGGUGACGGGUCUGGAUCAGGAGAGAGAGCGUGCUAUUGCGCGCCUCUCGUUUAUUUCCAUGGGGCUUGCGCAGGAUAACUUCCCGGUGGAUCCUGAGGUUAAGCGUGCAAGGAUUGUGUUUCUUAUUAUGGAGUAAGUGUGACUUACUUCCGAGUAAGCAGGGUCGAGCCUGCAGUGUGCCUGCUAAGGGAGAAAGUCUACUGCAUCAACAAAGCGGCACUUAGGAUCCCGCUGCGCAUCUCCUUCCUUGCAAUCUUGCGCAAGGGUUAGGAUGCUUAAGACCGCGGUGCUAAAGUUACUUCCUCGGAGUUAAGUUUCAAUACAUUUACUGGCGCUCACUUCCCAAGAAAUGGAUUACGGAGAAGGGCUAGAGCAGCUGUCUUUCAUGCAGAAGGUCCCAGGUCAGUCUCUGUGAUCUCCAGGUCGGAGCUUCUGCCUGAAACCCUGGCUCGCCAUAACGUAUGCAAUAGAAUCAUAGAAUUGUAGAGUUGGAAGGGACCACUAGGAUCAUCUAAUCCAACGCCCUGCAAGGCAAGAAUCUUUCGCCCAACUCGGGACUCGAACUCACGUCUCUGAGAUUUAGAGUCUUAUGCUCUACCAGCUGAGCUCUACCCAGAUGGAGCAAAUAUCUGGCUCGCUAUAAGGCGGCUUCUUUUGUAGGGAUGAGACUCUUCAUCCCAUGGGUUUCUUGGGGAUGGGUCGACCCCAUCCUAAAUGAUCAGGCUCCCAGCUUUUGAACUCGUGGUCCUGUGCAACUUUACUCGGAAUUAGCUCCCUCCUGUGUGCUCAGCGGGGCUUACUUUCGAGUAAGUGCCUCGCUCCUCAGCCCACGUGCCCUCAAAAGACAGAGGCAACUUCUGGAGCGUCUCCAGUUCGCCUGGUGUCGUCGCUUUCAGUCUGCUCCUAGACCUACAGGAGGACACUCACAUUGUUCAUGGCUUCCCCCCACCCAGGUUGGAUCCGGCAGAUUAGUUGUUAAUCCUCUCCCCACCUUCCCACCCACGUUUAAAUUUCCCAAUAUUCAGGUGCGCGGGACUGGCUCCCCUUAAUUCACUCGGGGUCCUCAGCUAGAGGGAAAAGGACCAAAGGAGCUCGCGACCCAAGAGAUCGGUUGAGAGCGUUGGUGGACAGCUUUCGAGAAAAGUCAAUACAAUUGUCAUCAUAACUGAAGAAAGGGAAAAAAGGAGGGAGCAGGGCGAGAGAGAGGGAUCUCACAACUCUCCUGCAGACAAGCUAUGAGAAGGAGGUUGAUUGGAGCGCUGUUCAGCUCCAGAUCAGCCUCUGUCAAGCUGGGGGAACAGGGGGUAGCGCUGAGCUGAUGAAUAAGCGAUUAGACUGUGGCAUCUCCUUCCUGCCCUUGCUUCUCCCUGGUGCUAUUUCGCGCCGGGUGUGCAGGAGCAUCGCAAGAGCUUCGCUGGGUCUCUAGCAUCUCAAGGGUCUCUCUCUCUCUCUCUCUCUCUCUCUCUCUCUCUAUCUCUCUCUCUCUCUCUCUCUCUCUGUGUGUGUGUGUGUGUGUGUGUGUGUGUUGUCUAGUAUCCCGCUCCCCAAAUUGGUCACGCAGAUGAUCCGGGCAGCCUCAACACAAUACCUGCCUGUACAACAGGUCUUCAGUGGCGGACUGACUCUGAACGUGGAGAUCAUUGCACUCGGUGACCCCAGCCAAGAGCACUUCAUCUCUGUUUGCCCUCUCUACACGAACCCCUCCCCACCAAUUCAUUUUUAGCCCCUAUCAUUCUCAGGGCAACACAACACCGGUUUUCAUUCGGAUCUUAAAGACGUCUGGUUUGGGGCGAGGGGAAUCCAGCCGAUGAGAAUUACCGAGGUCCCUUCGUCCCCGGCCCCAAUAAAAUACUUGAGGGGGCUGGCCCCCCACAAAACUGAUGAGCAUCGUCAUUCAAAUAGUGUCCGUGCACCUGUCGUGUGAUCGAUUAUGCGGGACGGGGCUUACCUGCCCCCCACCCAAUAUUUUAUUCAAGUUGGCACCCCUGUAAGAGCGUAUAAUAUCGCAGCCUUAUGUCCCUUUCCCAGGGUUGAUGGGGGGGCACACCUUUGUAUCUGCAGCUGGGGAGGGGGACGGACACCAAAGAGGUAGGAUCUGACCUCCUGCAUUCACAUCUAAGGGUUCAUUUCCUGCCAGAACCCCGAGGAACCGAAUAUUUCGUUUCCCCCGAGAGCCCAGGUUCUUUCUCUCGCCGCGCGCCCCCUUCUCUCCCCCACCCACCCUCGGAGCUCUCCAGCUGUGGCUCAAUACGAUUCAAUCAUUUCCUCGCAGACACACAAGUUGGUUAUUUUCUCCGCAGCUCGGUUGAAAAACCAUCUGAUUCCGACGCGCGAGAAGGGCCCUGUCGAGCUGUUGGGGGUGUCUACCCUAAGGAGCGCUUUGGAAAUGCGUUUCCAGCCACACUUGACAAAGGAGCUCGUGGUGGGGGGUUGUUGGCUUUCGAUUAUGCAGCCAAAAGAGGGGGAAAGAAAAAAGAAAACUGACGCCACUUUAAGGGGGUGGUGGUUUUUACUGGGGAGGAAAGAAAGAAACCCAACAACGAAUUUUCCUCUCCAGCUCGCUCGUUUGUCACCUAAGCGCAAGAAAAGGUUCCUUCUAAGCCCGUUGAAUGUUAUUAAUACUUUAAAGGCUGAAAGCCGAUUGACGCUUACUCGCGACGAAGCCCCUCUGAAUUUAGACAGCCCGCCAAUAGGAGUGGGAUGCACAGGAUCAAGGGUCCCUAAAUCGAAUUAACACCGUGCUUUUCACAUUGCGCGUGAAACAGAUCGCAGAUUACACAUUGUUGGGGAAGGCCGCUUGGAUCCAGGGGUCGCUUAAGGGCUGCUUUCAUAUCUUUAUCGUUGCUUGAUCAUUCUGAAAUCCGUUUCAGGGGGAGGGACAUUAGCCGCACGCUUAUAAAAAGGAGGCGGUGAAUCUGGAUAUGGGACUAAACUGGGGCGAUGGCGGGAGCUGGCAGAUUAGCAAGAUCAUCGCUAACACUUCCCCCACGGAGAAAUAAGUGGCGCAAGCCUUUGCCUGCCUCUUCAUAAGUAAUCCCCAUCGAGUUCAGUAGGAUUUACUCUCAGGAAAGGGCAGAUAGGAUCGCAGCCCUGGGUCUGCAGUUUCUGCUUCAGAAGAGUAACGUGCUAAGAGAUCACCUGCGCCUCAUGUGCACGUUUAAUCGGAACGAAGAUUCACCGGGUUGGGUUGAAUAGGACUUGCUCCCAAGUUGGGUUUUAGAGAGAGAGAAGCGGGCACUUAACUGGUACCAUGAUUGUUGCAACGUCGCAACGAAUGUCCAAUACAUUUUUGUAAAAAAUUGCAAUUUUGUCCCACCUUUCUUCCAAGCAGCUCAAAGCAGCAUACAAUAGUCUCCCUCGCAACCCUGUGAGGUAGGUUAGGCUGAGAGACUCAGUCCUUCCAGAUUCUGGGAGUCUUUUGCAACCUCUCCGCCCCAGAACUUGCAUCCUACAGUAGGGGGUUCAAAGAGAUGUCUUUCUUUGUCUCCUUGGAGCAGUGAGGGACAGUCUAUGUUUUCCCCUCGGCUGUGAGGUUCAGUGAAGAAGAGCGCUGGACUUGGAAUAUCUUUGCCACAAACUUUGAGCAAGUCUCCUAGCUCAGUUUGAGAAAGGGAAAUAUUCUUGACAUAUCACUGUUGGGUAGGCGAGUAUGAACCCAGAAAGCGACAGGAAACAUCUUCGCCAACAAAGAGUGUUACAUAAAUCACACCAGUAAGGUUCGGUUAUAUUUACGGAAGCAAUUACUGUAUCUCUGAAAUGUAAGUCUGGAGGCGGGGAGCGGAGAGGGGCGAGGUUACGUGCCUAUCGAAAUCCACUACAGUCUCCUUUCUGGGAUUACUCAAGAGCAGGGCACGUUUAAAUUACCGCUGUGGUUUGGAGGAAGGAUGCUAAGAAUUCGCGCUCAAGAGACCUCCAGCCCCUUGGAAGGGAGCCCUAGGACUGAAACACCUAUGACCCUCUUUCAAAUGUGCAGACUCGCCCUAACUUUGCCCAGAAAGCACAACUUCCCCCACGCUGCCUGACGCAGCGCUCUGUGUAGUUCGGCAGCCAGCUUGCUUUUCACACAAGCACUUGGUCCAACCAGAGAGCGCCUUCCUUGGCCUAUUGCAGUGGUCUUUUUCCCGGCCCACCGCCACCACCCAUAUCAAGCAGCAGCAGCCAGCCUUUCAUCCACAAGCAGCGACCCUCUUCCACCUGAGAGAGGUAAACAUUUUCGGUGCGCUUCUGUUGCUCGUCGGGUUCCCUAGUUUGGACCGCCUCCUCGCCCAUCCCAGGCUGCGCGAAUAGGAAGGGCGAAGGGGAGGAGUUUCCACACCCAGCCGCGGGGGGGAGGAGGAAGGUGGGUCGCGUGGAGAGGGGGCAACCCUCCGAGCGCUCGCGCGCGUGGCCACAAGGCUCGCCAAAGCGCAGCUGGCGGCGCCGAGGUACCAUGGACAGCUCCGCUGGAGGCUGCUGAGCAGCUCCUUCCUCUACCAGCUGCCCCAAACCCGAGACUUCUUCGCUGGCAGCUUCUUGCUCAUCAGCACCGGUCCUAGGGAGAAACUUUGCCUCGCUGCGAUCGGUAUACGAGAGCCAGGUAAGGAGAGUUGCCGCUGCGCGUUUCCAAACUCAUGGCCUCAAAGGACGCGCGCUGCGAACGCGUGUCUGGCGCCUGAGUCGCAUUGUACAGCAAGGAAUCGGUGGUCGCCACGAAAAGGGCAAACAAAACAAAGAAACAAACACACACGGUAGAACUUUCUGCCGUCUCUAUCCUAUCCUGCCUCGUCUAGGAGGGAAUAUUUUUCUUUUAAAAGCCAACGAACGCCCGUUUCCUUGCUGAUCUGCGCGCUCUUUGGUUUCAGUGGGACUCUCCGUCUGCUCAAAAUGUCCAUAUUUUAAGUGGGUGGCGGAUCCGGCUCUGGGUUGCUAACUAGGGUCGCCUGGUGGUGUUGGUGGGGAGUAUCUUACUAACCUCGCUCCAGCCUGCCAUUCCCUUUCUCAACUUCGGGGAAGGGGAGGAGUAUAAGGGAAAUAUUUUACGCUAGCGCAGUCUUUGCUAACUGUAUGCAUGCGCCGAAAUGAUCCGAUCUGGAACCUUACCCUCCCGGUUUAAAGAAUUCUUCCCGGCUAGGGCUUCCCAAGGAGUGAGGCCCAUUGAACUCAGUGGGGCUUACUCCCGAGUAAACGUGCCGAGGCUCCUGCUGGAAAUCAUCCUCAGGCCCAUCUAUCGUGAUGCUGAACUACUAGAGUGGAGAGGAACGCAUCCUCAAAGACCAUCGAGGCUGCGGUCCCCUAAAUGCUUAAUCCGGAGCAAUGGCCUUGAAACGAACGGGAGCAAGUAGCUUUGGGGGUUGAGAUCGCAGCAGCCCAGUUGUUUUCGAAAGCUGCAAUAACCUGUUGCAUCCGCACUACCCCUUCACAAGGCGCCCUUGGCUGGGGACAGACUUUCACAGGAACGAUUACUGUAAAUCCUUCCUCUCUCGCAUCGUUUUCUCUUAAGCUUCCUACUUCCCAUCAGCCUCUGGUUUUACUUUAGGACUUGGUCGCUUAGUAGUGGUAUGUCUAGGUGGACUUGAAUUCAAGACUCUGAUCUCCCGAGAGAGGAAGAUCAUGCGGAUAUCAAGCUUUAUAGAUGGGCAUUUUACUUGGUCCCUUCGACGUUGCUUCAGAGCCUGCCCCAUUUCUCCCAACACCUCGCCCCCUGGGGCGCCCCACACUGUCACCCCCAUGCCUCUAAUGUAAAAUGCUCUUCUCUUUAUGCGGGAUUUCUCAGCAUGCGCUUCCAAAGUCAAGAGCAGUGCUUCCCAAACCUGGAUCUUCAGCGGUUCUUGGACUACAAGUCCCAUCAUCCCUUGCUAGCAGGACCAGCUGUCAGGGAUGAUGGGAGUUGUAGUCUAACAACAUCGGGAGACGCCCCCUCCCGCCAUCCUGGUGAAAAUGGAUAGCCAGCAGCUGUAAAUCAAUGGGUGUUGGCAAUUCAUCUUCUAUUCCUCUCCUAUAUGUUUCCUUCCUGGUGAAAAAUGGAUAGGCAGCAGCUGUAAAUCAAUGGAUGCUCGCAACUCCUCUCGCAUCCCUCUGCUAUAUAUGCUUCCUUGAGUAUAACCAUCCUGACCAUGUCUGCUCUGAAGUAAGCCCCCAUUGAAUUCAAUGGAACUUACUCCCAGUUAAAAGUUGCAUAGGAUUGCCUUCAGAGCACAUUGAUCUAGAGGCUCCCUUGCGAUGAGCAAACAUCCACAGGGAUGAGGGAAAUAUUGGCGCCUUCACAGCAAGUUUUCUUGCUGGGAAACUAGGUAUGAAAAUUGUGUACAGUGUAAAAGGCAGGAAAAAUGUUUUCUAAGGUCUGUUUAUCAUUGCAGUGCAAUCGAUCCAGGCUUUUCCUUGUCUUUUAUUUUGUAAAGUUUACAGAAUGAAAGAAAGAGGCAGAUUCCUUCCUUUUCAACAGGAGCUUACAGCUAAGCUCUGAUAAGGACUGUUGCAAAGCUCGGUUGUCAAGAGAAAUGGAAAAGGUGUCGGGACAUGGUGGCCUGUUGUUAUUUUUUAAAAAAUAAAUAAAUAGCACUACGCAUAUUGGUGUCACCACAUAUUGUCUAGGAUGUAUUGGUGGCUGCUUUCUAACUACCAUAUACCACAUGUGGGCUCCUCUUGUCAAUUCUGAUGCACCUCUUGCAAAUCACCAUGCUUAGCUCAGUUGGCAGCAGCAUGGUACUGAUAACACCAAGGUUGCAAAUUUGAUCCAUAUAUGGGACAACGGCAUAUUCCCGCAUUGUAGGGGGUUGGACUAGAUGAUCCUCAGGGUCCCUUCCAACUCUACAAAUCUAUGAUGAUAAUAACAAUAACAAUAACAAUAACAAUAACAAUAACAAUAACAACAAUAACAAUAAUUUAUUAUUUAUACCCCACCCAUGGGUUUCCCCAGCCACUCUAGGCGGCUCCCAACAGAAUAUUAAAAACACGAUAAAAUAUCAAACAUUAAAAACUUCCCUAAAAAGGGUUGCCUUCAGAUGUUUUCUAAAAGUCAGGUAGUUGUUUAUUACCUUGACAUCUGAUGGGAGGGCAUUCCACAGGGUGGGCGCCGCUACCAAGAAGGCCCUCUGAUUUUAUGUCAUACUCCACAAAGAUAGGCUUUAAGCUAUCUACAGGCCAUGCUGCAGCUAAAUGUAACUGGAAGCCACUCUCUAGUCCCAAGUUUUGUUUUGGGGGAGGGGUGUUCAUGCCCUUUGCACAUGCCAAAAGCAGCUACCACCCUCUUUAGUUUUCCUGAACUUGAACCAGAACUGAGCUGGCCUUGGGGUGCUAGAGCUCAAAUGAGGGGCUUUCUAGAGGUGAAGAACAUAGUGAGUCAGAUUGUUCAACCGCCUGGCUAAGUGAUGCCCCAAACUGACCGGCAGUGGCUGUCCACUAUUUCCAGCAAGAUUCUCUGCCAGCCCAAGCUAAAAAUGCCAGAGAUUGAACCUAGAACCUUCUGCAUGUGAAACAGAUGCCUUGCCACUGAGCUAUGGGCCUGCAUGGAUGGCUCAGUUGGUUAGAACGUGCUGCUGAUAAUGCCUAGGUUGCAGGUUCAAUCCCCGUAUGGAACAACUGCAUAUUCCUGCAUUGCAGGGCAUUUUACUAGAUGUUCCUCAGGGUCCCUUCCAACUCUGCAGUUCUAGAAUUCUUCCGGUUACCUCUUGAUGCAGCUUCUGAGAAUGUCCAUCUUAUCACAUGUGCAAGUACUGAAAUCUGCUUUUGGAACACACCUGGAUUUUCCUACCUGUUUUGUUUUAUUUAAAGGACAAAGGGCACUUGAGAAACAAAGUGAGUUGGCUUAUGCAUAUAGGCAGACCAAAUACAGAUACAAAAUACUUAAUAAGACCAUUAUAUUCUGUCUUUGGCUGGAAGCAGACGAUACUUGCAACUAUCGUGGAAGAGGUAUUAUCAUUGCCUUUGGUGUCUCCAUGCACAUUUUUUUGUCCCUCUGGACAAACAAGGUUAUAAAGCUCUACAGAAAGCUCGCAAACCCUAUAUACAUCCAAGGCCCCAUUCACAAAUAAAUUAAAAAAUAAAUGUCUACCCCAGCCGCUGUCAGCUAAGAAGAAUUAGUCUGACCUUCAAAGGUUUGUGGUUUUGGUAGCAAAAUAGAUGUCAGGAAGUAUUAAAGCUGUUUAUGCCUUAGUAUUAUCUUAAUAAAAUAUAAAUCAUGCUGUUUUCAUUGAAUUCCGUGCACCAAGUUGCAGUCCGUGUGGUGUGCUAGUUAGAGCAGCCUUAUGCAACCCAGGGUUCUCCAGAUUCUUUGGGCUACAACUCCCAGUCUGGCUGGGGCUGAUGGGAGUCAUAGUCCGAAACAUCUGGAGGGCACCAGGUUGGCAAAGGCUGGGUCAGACUAUUGGUUUAGCAGUGGGAAGAGUUGGACGCAGAUCCCCUCUCAACCACAGAGCUCACUGGGUGACCUUGAGCCAGUCACUCUCUCAGCCUAACCUACCUGUCAGAGCUGUUGUGAAGGGAGGCAUGAAGAACUAUGUGCCUAAACUUGAGCUGCUUCUUCUUCAUCAUCUUUUUAAAUGAGCUUCUUGGAAUACAGGCAGCAUAUAAAUGUACAAAGCAAUCAGUAAAAAUAAAGCGCAUUUUCCAAGAUGACAACCGGUUUUGGUCUACCCUUUCCCAUUGGAGCAAGGUGUGAGUUCUGUCAUUUGUUUUAGACACUGCAUUUUUGCAUUUCUGUUAUGGACUAUGAUAAACGUGAAAAUGCAUAAACCGAGCUAUUUAUCAGACAUGACAAUGUGGUGACGAUGCCAAUAUUGUACCAUCAGCACUCUGAAAAACAAUGACUGUCUGUCUGCAGAAUCUGCCUCUCUCCUCCUAAAUGGAAUGACAUUUGACUAUUCAGUAGUUUGUAAAUUGUCCAGCUGUACCACACAGCAUCUUUCAUUUUGUGGCCACCUGAUCCCCAGCAGAGGGCUCCAUCCCUCACCAAAGUUGUGGAACAGUGAUGGAGAGCUUGUGCUCCUCCAUGUUGUUGGUCCUUCUGGACCAUUGGCCAUGCCAGCUGGGGCUGAUGGGAGUUGGAGUCAGACACCGUCUAGAGGGGAGGGGAACCUGGCAACCCACAGACCAAACAUGGCCCACUAGGCCUCCCCAUUUGGCCCAUGAGGCUGUUUAGAGGAAGCUACACUUGUCCAUGGGGAAACCAUGCUCAUACAUAAUGUCAGGUAUGGGACAGGAAAGGAUGGCCCUCAGAGGAGCCACCAGGAGCUUAAAGUGGGCUUCCAAUUGCUCCUGGUGCAUCAGCUGGUGGGUGGUAGGAGCCUGUGUCACUCAAGGAGGUGGAAGAGGUUUGACUACAGAGCUUGAAAGGAGAGGUGCAAGAGGGACAGAACCCCACUCUGCACUGAUGCUCUCAAUCUACAAUUUUGAAGUUGAAAGAACCGGUGCUGGGUUUUGGCCGACGGGCAGGGAAACCCACAUGUCAACCAUGUGCUAAUAUAUAAUAUUAUAUUAUUAUGUCAAAGUUGGCCCACAAGGUUGGGAGCAGGCCUUGUUCCAGCACAAAGGAACAUUGCAAAGCAAAACAAAUGUUUCACAACCCAUCCCUGUCUGAGCCAAGUCUCAACGUUGAGCCCUUUGCAAGCAGUGCCUCCUAAUCACCCUUCAGAGUAGGGAUCCUAACUCUGAGAGAGUGCAGGAUCAACCCACACAUUCAGCAGAGGUGUUGAUAAUUGCACGACCACAUCCCAUCACUUGGCAAGCUCGCCUUCUCUGAUAUAAGCUCUGUUUAUGAAAGGCAGUUGCGGAGAACCGUUUUGCAUACCCUGCCAAGCUGUCAAGCGAUGAUGGCCGCAGCUCUCAGUUAAGAAACAUGUUUUCAUGCAAAUUGGCCUUUUGUUGCUCAACUGUGAACAUUCUCUAGCCUGACAUAUUGUCUGAAGCAUAGGAGGUGCCCAAAUUGUGGCGGGAGAGGGAGAAAACACUUUUUCCAUGGUGGGGCUCCAAGAUUGCAUUGAUAGUUUAUAUGGAUCGCCCAGGUCACGUGGUUACUUCCCACAUCAGCUGGAGAUGUGAUACUGGUCUGGAUGCAGCCAUGUGACCUGGGAAUGCUAUGUGGUCAUCAUUAGAAAUGGAAAGUUCCACCAAUUUGACAUGUGAAGAAAGCUCAUUCCCUGUGGCCCCCACACCACAGAGGCAGCCUGCUGUGAAUGGGGCUGCUGACUAACGUUAAUUACAAUACUGCAGUUUCUCUAACUGGGAAACAGAAAUGUACAUUAUUUAACCAAUUGAGCUCUCGUUGCUCGGUCCCUGCUCCUGCCAACCUAGCAGUUCGAAAGCAUGUCAAAGUGCAAGUAGAUAAAUAGGUACCGCUCCGGCAGGGAGGUAAACUGUUGGUUUCUAUUUCCCUCACUGAGCAGCAACUGCAGUCACAAGACAUUGUUUUACAUUCCACAGUCUGUACUGUUGGAGUUUCUCACGGGAAAGGGAGACUGGAUGUGACGUACACUGGUUUCCUGUUUUUUCACUGUGUGUUUCUCUCCGAGCUGUCGAGGAGAGAGGAUGCAUUUUUCUGCUCUUGCAGAGGCAAGAUGUCUUUCUGUAAUAUACCAGCUUUGAACUGUAAAUAAAGCAAUACAGAGCAUGUAACACGUAUUACUCAUCCUUCCGCUGGGCACGACAGGCUCUGCUUUAAAUCAACACAUGGUUAUGGGCUCCAGAGGUCGAAUCAGAGUGCCGGCAAAAGGAUCGGAAUGCAGAGGGACGGAUCGGAAAGGAAUCUGCUCUGCGCGUAGAAGUGAUUGAUGAGGUAUGUGCUACUGCUCCGGGCAGCCUGCCAGCUCCGGGCAGCCUGCCAGCUUCAAGUUAAUGGCUUUAUGGCUGGACUUUGAACUUUUAAAGCCGGUUUUGCCGGGAAUAGGCAUAAAGGCUCCCAGGCACAAGUCACUAUGCUGGGGAAAUCGAAAGUAACUUUUAAGUGUGCCUUUGUGAUAAGGCAGCUGCAGCAGUGACGCAGCAAGAUUUAAAGCAGCAUAUGACGCUGAAGGCUAAUGCCAGAGUCAUGAUGGCCCUUCAGGAUGCUUGUGGGAUUCCUAAGCUCAACAAGAAAAAUUACAGCGACUGGGUACAGUAUGCAGAGGCAAUUCUGCGGAAAGAGGGUUUGUUUGAGGUGAUUACAGGAACCCCCCCAGUUCCAGUUACAGAUGCAUGGGAAGCUAAGGAUUCCAAAGCAAGGGAACUCUUACAUUGAUAGUAUCCCCAGAAGAGCUCUGUCUAUUGCGUGAUAAGACCUCAGCCAGAGAAAUUUGGGACGCUCUGAGAGAGGCUCACUUAAGGACAGAAGCUGGAUCCACUAUGUUUUAUUUUAACAAGCUGCAUAAUAUGGCUCUUGCUGAAGGUGGAGAUGUGCGUUUACAUCUGAUGCAGAUGCAAAAUCUGAGACAUGAGCUGCAACAGAGAGGACUCAACUUUCCAGAGGCUGUGUAUUCUUUCAUGAUACUACAAUCUUUGGGUUCAGGUUGGGAGUCUGUUGCAACCCAGAUUGCUGUGCAACCAACUGCUCAGCUGACAGUGGACUUUGUUACUGCCGUGAUUUUAAAUGAAGCAGAUCGCCGGGGGGCUAGCUGCAUGGGCAAGGGGGAGUCUUCACAGACGUCAUCCCAUAGUGCAGUGGAACCACCAGAUGGCGCCAAAGCUUUGAAGGCAGUGAAAUGCAACUCGUGUGGACGUCUAGGCCAUAUGAAGAGGGAAUGCAGACAUCCCAGGGCCAAGACAGAGCAGAGCAGCGAAGCUCAUCGCGCGGAAAAGGCCGAGGCAAAGGCAAAGGUCCGGUGUCUAGGACAACGCAGCACAAGGCUAUGGUUUCACGCUUCACUCCAAAGGUUGCAGAGGUCCAGAAGACGUCUAGAUCUUUCUUCGUUGUUGAUUCAGCGGCCACCCACCACAUGUGCAACGAUAAGAGACUGUUUGUGUCUUUUACACCGCAGGAAGGUGCGAUUCACCAGGCGGAUGACCACACUAUUCCCAGUAAAGGCUACGGAACUGUUGUUCUUCACAGUUUGGACUUAUCGAUACAGAAUGUGCUUUACGUGCCAGACGCCAAACAUAAUCUGCUCAGCGUUGGACAGCUGAAUGAGCGGAACAUUGACGUUUCCUUCAAGAACAAGAAGUGCAUCAUCACAAAGAAAAAUGAUUAUGUAUUGCAUGCAGAAUAUGUUGAUCAUUUGUUUGUUUUGUAUUAUGAUGAUGUGGUACAGGAUGACACUUGUUGCAUUGCAGGUUCUAACAAAAGUUUGCAUGCAGAAUGUAUUCACGAUUUUCAUCGCAAAUUUGGUCAUUUGCAUUUUGAGGCAGUAUCUAAAAUGCCUGCCUUGGUUGAAGGUAUGACUAUUAAACCCUGCAGGUACCACAUGAAGUGCAAAGCAUGCGCAGCAAACAAGAUGAAAAUGGCUGCGAAAGGUAAGGUGUCUAGUAGGAAAGCUACAGAACCAUACCAGGUUGUUCAUGCUGAUUUGGUUGGACCACUACCGCCCUCUUUGGGUGGAAAUAGGUACUUCAUGGUUCUCAUUGAUGCAUUUUCUAGAUAUAUUUUUGUGUACAAUCUCAAGCAGAAAUCAGAGGCUUUUCCUAGGUUCAAGGAAUUCUGUGCUUGGUUGGAAAAUGUGCAUGGUAAGAAGAUAAAGACUCUUUUCAGUGAUCGCGGGGAAUUCACUUCUCAGCAGUUUGAAGCUUUUCUGACUGAGAAAGGAAUUCAACACGAUUUGUCUAGUCCUCGCUCGCCAUGGCAGAAUGGACUUGCGGAACGGGCAAAUCAGACUUUGCUUCAAGGGUUAAAAACCUUGCUGCAUGAUGCCAAUCUUCCAGAGAGUUAUUGGGCCGAAUCUCUCUCGUGUUUUGUUUACAGUUACAAUCGCAGAUUAUCUUCAGCGAUUGGUUGUACCCCCCUAUGAGAAGAUGUUUGGCAAGAAGCCAUACAUCAAACACAUGAAGAUUUUUGGUUCUGACAUGUGGGUUCACUCACCACAAAACUCCAAGUUAGACAAGCGUGGAUUGCAUGGUAUCUUUCUAGGUUAUCAGAAAGGGUCUUACAGAAUAAUGAUGACUGACUCUAAGACAAUUAAGCUCACGAGAAGUGUUGAGUACAAUGCAAAGUGAGGGAGAAUGUGGGAAUUUUCCAAUGUUAUCCUGAUGACGGUGAUGAGACUGAGGAUAGUCAAAAGCAACCACAACAGCCCACACCCACUGAUGAAGGUUCUGAGUCUGAAUCUGAAACUGAAUCGGGUGAUUCAGAGGAUUUCAAGAGUGCGAAAGCCUCUAUGCGACCCUCUGAAAGCUCUGAUCAAGAAUUGGAGGAACCAUUGUUCACAAUAGGUCGUUUUUCUCCUAAGAAGGAAGAGGAGAGUGUUGAAGACUUAAGGCUAAUUCGUAGGUCACGGAGAGCCACAAAAGGCAAACCUCCAAAGAGAUUUGCUGAUGAGUUUGCUACGAUAGCAGUAACAGCUGUUAAAAGCUCCAAGAAGGUAUUUGAACCUUCAAGUUUCCAAGAAAUCCAGGGUUUGGAUUCAAAGGAAGCUGAGCCAUGGUUAAAUGCCAUGAAGGCUGAGCUUGAUUCCUUAGAAAGGAACAAAACAUGGGAGCUAGUUCCAGUAGUUCCAGGAAUGAAACUGCUUGGAAGCAAAUGGGUCUUCAAAGCGAAGACAGAUCAAAAUGGCAAGAUAGUCAGACACAAAGCCAGAUUGGUAGCCAGAGGUUUUGCACAGGUACCAGGUGAAGACUAUCACGAGACCUAUUCACCCACAGUGAGAUAUGAAAGCAUUAGGCUUAUGCUUAAGCUAGCUGCAGAGGAAAAUCUACACAUUAGUCACCAUGAUAUUAAUACAGCUUUUCUGUACGGAUCUCUAGAUGAAUCACUUUAUAUGCUUCCACCUGAUGGCGUACAGGUAAAACAGGGAUUUGUUUGUGCUCUGAAGAAAUCCCUUUAUGGUCUCAAACAAAGUGCACGGUGUUGGCACACAAAACUCACUGAAGUAUUGUUUUCUCUAGGUUUUCAGCAAGGGAAAGCUGAUCCAUGUGUAUUUGUCAAAGAGGAGGGGCAAAAGAAACUGUACUGUUUGUUUUAUGUUGAUGAUUUAUUAUUCUUUUGGAAAGAUGUUGCAAUGUACAAUAGCGCCCUAGCUCAACUGAAAGAGCACUUUGACAUGAAAGAUCUUGGUGAGGUAAACAACUACCUAUCUCUGGAAAUAGAAAGAGAUCAAGAUGGUAACAUUCUAGUACACCAGUCACGGAAAAUUGCUGAUGUGUUAAGCAAACUAAAUCUGAUGGAUGCUAACCCUGUAGACACACCGAUGACAACAGGUUAUCAGGUAGAUGACACUGAAGAAGCAUUUUCUGACACUACACUGUACAGGAGUGUGCUAGGCAAGCUAAACUUCAUUGCCAGAUGUUCAAGACCAGACAUUGCUGUUAGCUGUAAUUUGCUAAGCAGACAAGUCAACAAUCCUAGUGUCAAGGAUUGGAAAGCUCUGAAACGCAUAGCGCGGUAUUUGAAAGGCACUAUGCAUUACAGACUGAGAUUUAACAAUCAGAAGUCUGGUGGUCUUGAGAUAUUUGCAGAUGCAAGUUUUGGAAGUGACACUACAGACAGGAAAAGUACGUCUGGAGUUUGCUACAUGUACAAUCAGAGUCUGUUUGAUUGGUCAUGCAAGAAGCAAACAACAGUUAGCUUAAGUACUUGUGAAGCUGAACUGAAUGCACUGUCUUAUUCACUUAAGGAUUGUGAAUGGUUAAUACAAUUGUGCAAAGAUAUGAAAAUUCCUGUCAAAUGUCCAAUCCAGGUUUACCAGGACAACAAAGCAUGUUUGGCUUUGCUGAAGUCUGAAGGUUGUAAGCAAAGCACAAAGCACUUGCAAUUAAAGUUGCAGCAUGCUAGGGAAUGUAUUCAGAAGGGACUCGUAACGGUGUCCUAUAUGCCAGGUAAUGAAAUUCCUGCUGAUGUAUUGUCCAAGAUUGUAUCAAGGGAUCAACACUGUACCUAUGUGCAGAAGUUGGGUUUGUACUGAUAUUGUACGAACACGCUGCCCAGUGAUGUUCACAGAAGGGGGAGGAUGUUGGUUUCUAUUUCCCUCACUGAGCAGCAACUGCAGUCACAAGACAUUGUUUUACAUUCCACAGUCUGUACUGUUGGAGUUUCUCACGGGAAAGGAGACUGGAUGUGACGUACACUGGUUUCCUGUUUUUUCACUGUGUGUUUCUCUCCGAGCUGUCGAGGAGAGAGGAUGCAUUUUUCUGCUCUUGCAGAGGCAAGAUGUCUUUCUGUAAUAUACCAGCUUUGAACUGUAAAUAAAGCAAUACAGAGCAUGUAACACGUAUUACUCAUCCUUCCGCUGGGCACGACAGGCUCUGCUUUAAAUCAACGCUGCUCUGGUUCGCCAGAAGUGGCUUUGUCAUGCUGGCCACAUGACCCGGAAGCUGUACACCGGCUCCCUCGGCCAAUAAAGCGAGAUGAGCGCCGCAACCCCAGAGUCGUCCGCGACUGGACCUAACGGUCAGGGGUCCCUUUACCUUUAAUCUGCUUUCCAAGAAUACGCUUCACAAAACAAGAUAAAACAUACACCCCACACACUUUGCACCGUCCUUUUAAAUGGUUAUCUGUAGAAACUUCUUAUUGAAUUUUUUUGUGUGUCUUUGCAUUUUCGUACGUAUUUGUUUUCAGGCGUCUAAUCUACACUAUAUUUCAUAUGAAUAUCCAGUUCCUAUUAUGCAAAUGUGCACCUCGUAUUUAAAAAAAAAGCAACAACAAAAUGCCAGUUAGUAAGUCUCAUAAACUUGUGUUUUAUUUUUAAGGUGACUUUCAAAAUACCCCCGCUCCGCCACCGCAAAUGAACCUUAUUUCCAUUAACUAACUGGCCUAUUAUUUACCCCAGCUCAAUUCCGUUUCUUCCUCCUUUUCUCUCGGCAUCACUGCCCUGCCCCAUACUUCAAAUGAUGCUGCGGAUCCGUAAUGUGUGCAUACCUUGAGUCUACCUUUAGCAUAAUACAGGGACAGAUGGCAACUACACCAGGGUAAAUAUUGCCAAAAGAAAAUGAACUGAAGUGCAAGCAACUGUGAUAUCAAGGGAAUAACUCUGCCAUGCUAUUUACACACACACACACACACACACACACCCCUUUUGGGCAAGUACAUCAAGACCAAAUAGAGAUGCCAAACUAAAAGAAAUCCAGCAAUAUUGUCAGGAACAGAGAUGUUAAUUAAGACCUCUUAAGAACAGAUACCUCUCUUGUGUCAUUGUGAUUUCUUUCCUUACAUUUGUGUAAUUGUCAUUGACAAGCACAUCUCUUUUGCUUUGCUUUGCUUUUAAAAACCAAAGUUGUUGGUUUUUUUAUUUUAAAAAAAACUACGACCAAAUCGGAUUGUUUCCAGAGCCUGCAAUCUUAUGUACACUUCCUGGGAGUAAGCCUAAUUAAACACAGUGGAAUUUACCUCUGAGUAGGCACCCAUAGUAUUGGAACCAAAUAGAUUGUCCAGUCCCCAUAUGGGACAACUGUGUAUUCCUGCACUGCAAGAGGUUGAACGAGAUGAGCUUUUGGGUCCCUUCCACCUCUACUAUUCCAUGGUUCUAUGAAGCAUUUUCUAUAAGGGUAGAAAAAUUAAGGAGGGCUUUGUCUUGUUUUUUCACUGACAAGCACAGUAAAUGUCAAUCAAAGGAUGAUUUAAAGUUCAGAUUGACCUCUCUCGUCUAUACUGGGAGAGGGUUCCUCUGUCUGCCUCCUCCACCACAAGUUACUGCUGUCACUUUGAAGAACAGUGAAAACCACAGGAUCCUUUAAAUGUCACUUUCCCCAUCACAAGGCUAACUGGAAGAGAGGCGCAUAUGGAGCUAGGCCUAAUCAAAGUAGCUGGCAUUCAUUUGUCUCCAAAGUCCUCUGCUCUUUUCAGUCAUUUGGGCGACUGGCUGUAAAGCCAUCCAGGGAAUUGUUUCCAUCGGCAUAAUCCAGUCUUCCUUUUGCAACACAAACCACUUGUGAAAGAAGCUGCCGCUUGACAUUGAAAAUGCGAGACACAGGAAAUGGAUCAAAACCAAGACUUUCUGUUUUGCUUUUGCUUAGCCUUCUUCCAAGGAGCUCAAGGUGGUGUUACCUAGUUCUCUCCUUCUCCAUGUUAUCCUCAAAAAAACCUCGUGAGGCAGGUUAGGCUAAAGGGGCAAGGUCUGGUCCAAUGAGUUCGUAUUAAGUUUGUUUGUGUUACAAAGCAAACAGAUAAACAGGGAAAGGUACAUCACCUUGACAACGCCUCCCCAGGUGGGAUUGGGCAACUGGCUGAGGUAGGCGGAGACCUCCAGGUAUCCCACCUGGGGAAGGCGAAGCCAAGCCUAUGUUAAUGGUGCCGCAUAGGGUCCAGGGGGCUGCGUGCAACCACGCAAAGGGCGUCCCCCCAUUUAAUGUGGGGAGCAGUCAUUGUCUCCACUUUCAAUUCAUAGUCUUGUUCACAGUUCAUUUACAUCUGGUGAGAGAUACUUUUGUCAUAGACAUCUUGAAGUUGGGGGAAAGGAGAAGGUGGGGUAGAGAGAUGGGGAUAUUGUUCUUUUGUUCUAUUGCCUAUUAUCAGAGUAGGUCCAGUGAGCUUUCUAACUCACUCCUUGACAUGGCCUCAACAGAUCCCCAGUGAUGUUGGCCUCUGAUGCUGGCUGUAUCCAUCCCUUGUUUAUGGCAAGGCUAGGCAACCUGUGGAUGUUACUGGACACUAGCCCAGCCAGUAUGGCCAGUGGCAAGGCAUGAUGGGAGCUGUAGUUCAUCAACAUCUGAGGACUAUAGGUUUGUGGUUUGGAGCACAAUACCUCCCUUGAGCCUUGAGAUAUAAGAAAGAAAUUUGACGUGCCAGUUUUAUGCUUCCAAUACAGUGGUACCUUGGGUUACAUACGCUUCAGGUUACAGACUCUGCUAACCCAGAAAUAGUGCUGCAGGUUAAGAACUUUGCUUCAGGAUGAAAACAGAAAUUGUGUUCCGGCAGCGCAGCAGCAGCAGGAGGCCCCAUUAGCUAAAGUGGUGCUCCAGGUUAAGAACAGUUUCAGGUUAAGUAAGGACCUCUGGAAUGAAUUAAGUACUUAACCUGAGGUACCACUGUAUUCUAAGUUCACACGUGAGGGGUUCUUUUGUUUUGCACACUUUUCAAACUUGGGGAGGGCAGGAAGCAACAUAUUUUGUACAGGACAAUCUGCCUUCAGUAUUGGGAACUGUUCUGUUUCUAAAGCUCAGACCUCUGUGAUGCUCCCCAUGUGGUCUUUUCAGAGAGGGGCAAAGAAAAUGUGAAGCAUAUUGCCACGCGAUCUCUCUUUUGAGCAUUGAAGUAUCACAAGUGAGACUGGUAUACACUUUUCUGGUGUAGUUUCAAACUUCCCACCCCCAUGAAAUAGCUCAGAAGGAGGGAGCGGGCAGACAUGUGGAUACCUGGAACAUUAUUUCAGAGUUCUAUGCAGUUGUCGCCAUAUGCCAGGUACUAUGCAGAACUUAGAAAUGAUCCAGUUCUUGCCCAGGGUUCCUUCAGUUGAUGCAAGAUGAUAUGAAAACCAGGGAUUUAAAGAAAAUGGUAUUUUGAGUCAGGUGGCAAAUAAAGGCAUCAGUAUGCAGUUAAGUUGAGUCAGGAAAAAAAUUAGUUAAAAGGAAUUGUACUAUGUUAUUUCAUUACUUCCCAGGCGUGGAAUAUAAGACCCAAGCUCACUUGGAGCCUUUUGAGAAUUUAUGUUGGCAUAAAGGAUAAUGGAUAUUUGGCAAAGGCCAAGAGUGGAGGGGAGCUGUUAGUCAAUGCAUUAACCUUUCACCUUGGAAUAUCCAUUUCCACAUCUUGAGCAGAUUGUUGAUCAAAGUGAGCUUGGCAGGGUUUCAUUUCUCUGCCUAUGAGUAACUAGCAGUUGUCACAAAGCCGAUCACACAUUAUUCCAUCACUAGGAAUCAGGAAGUCUGAGGCCAGCACAAACACACAUGUUUCACUUGCAUUCCCAUUACACCAGUGAGCAUUCUGUAGAAUGCUUUUCCUCCUGGAGGCACCUGGAGGCAAAAUGGUGGUGAGGAAUAAUGGGCACCUAUUGGACAGUGCCUGUGACACCAUUGGUCAUGAGCAAUGCCUAUUCCUCUCAUUUUACGUUGUAUUUGCUUAAUUGUCAGGGACUGGGCAGAGGAGGAAUGAUGGAGACCACCUCCCCAUCCUGACCCUUCCAGGGAGGAGGAAAAGGAAGACAGCAUAGAUUUACAGCAGGAGUUUUAGGGAGGUCACAGCUCAGAGGCAGAUGAGGGGGAAAGUUGGGAAAUCAUGGGAAAGCCAGAACAACACCUGACUGACACGUUGUCAUUAGAAAGCAUUCCAGACCCUCCAUCUCCCAGAACUUGGCAAGCCUUAAAAGUUGGAGAGCAAAGAGCUCAAAGACAGAGGGCACCUAGCAGCACCCAUAGAGAAGGUGAUGAUAAUGACAAAUGAGGAAGUGGGAGAGACGGUGGGUGGAGAUUCACUUGGGACAAUGCCAUUAUCCAAGAGGCUGGGUUCUAUAAAGACUGAAAUAAAAAAGGACUGUAAGAGAAUUUUCUUUGUCUUUAUAAUUCCUGGGCAACCAGUCGGGAGCCGCUGACAGCAUCCUGACAUUAAUUUUGUUCACUCCCUUGCUAUAGUAACAAACAUGGUAGCCCUCGAACCAACAAUUGAGUGAAUGACAGUGAAGUGCCUUCUCCAAUAUCUUGCUGUCAUUUUGUGGACCUGUUUUCUGUUUUUUCUCCCUCUUCCUUUAGUGACUUCUUCUGUGCUCCCCUCUCUCCAAAGAGUGCACAUCUCCCAUGAUGCAUUAAGAGAGAGAUAGGGUGCCCAUUUGCAGCCCAUUCAUAACUAUGCAGUAGUAAGACUCCCGCAAUCCUGUGAUAUGUAAACAAGAUAGCACAGAAUGAUUUGAAUUUGGGACAUUUGCUGGAGUUCACCUGUUACUUCACUUAUCCUCAGACUGUAUAAAGGUAAAGGGACCCCUGAACAUUAGGUCCAGUCAUGGCCGACUCUGGGGUUGCGGCGCUCAUCUCGCUUUAUUGGCCAAGGGAGCCAGCAUACAGCUUCCGGGUCAUGUGGCCAGCAUGACUAAGCCGCUUCUGAUGAACCAGAGCAGUGCAUGCAAACGCCGUUUACCUUCCCGCCGGAGCGGUACCUAUUUAUCUACUUGCACUUUGACAUGCUUUUGAACUGCUAGGUUGGCAGGAGCAGGGGCCGAGCAACGGGAGCUCACUCCGUCGCGGGGAUUCAAACCGCCGACCUUCUGAUCGACAAGUCCUAGGCUCUGUGGUUUAACCCACAGUGCCACCCACGUCUCAGACUGUAUAUAUGUGUGUAAAUAAAAUAAUACCACACCACAACCCUCUAGAGAUGACACUCAAAAGAAACAGAACUUGAGGAACGAUGCACCCCUGAGGAGCUCACUACUUAGAAAAUGGGGUGCCUGUAUUAGCAGUAAUAAUAAUGGUGGUGACUGGUGAUGGUAAUGGAUGAAAAGAAACAAGAAAAGCCAUAUGCAAUAUUCUCUGAGAUUUCAGUGUGCAUCGCAUCUACAAAAAUGUUUUUAUUUCCAAAAACUACAAAUCCCAUUUUCUUCCCCCAUGUGCAUUCCUGUAAUAGCUGUGAGUUUACACAUGAACAUAAUGCAGCAGACUUUCCUGAAUCCCUGUUCCAAUCGAUGAUUUUUUUCUGUCUCCUUCCCCACACAUUCCCAAUUAUUUUUAUUUCUAGACCUAAGGCGUACGACUCUGCAAUCACCUGCAAGUGUUUUCGAUUUUAGCUCUCCAUCAAAAGGACCAAACGCAACGCAAAGAUGCCAAUCCUAGAGAAAGCUGCGAAGAAGAAAGAGAAAGAAGCUUGCAGCCAAGAUGAGAUGGUGAGCAACUGUCUCUAGAAAAUAAUGGGAUGUUGAACAAGGGGCUGGGUGUGUGUGAAAGUGGUCGAUAUGACCCUGUCAUUUUUCAUGACAAUUGAACACUUGGCAAAUACACAAAAGGUGGCAAUGAAAGGUAUAACAUGCCAGGUUGCAGUGAGGGACACCAGGGUGGAAUGUAUCAGAAAAAUGAGUGUCAAUUAAGAAGGUUUAAUAAAUCAGUUAACCUAUUUCAUUUUAAAUAAAUAGUGGAGCUCACUAAUUCACAUACAGUGACACUGCCCUUAUAGGGAAGUCUUCUGAGACCUGGUGUUUGAUCACAUCUUGGGAAGAACAGACCAAUUGGUUUCAAAAUCUCCUUUUGGGUUCUGCUGUCAAUUUUGAAGGCCCCAGGGUAUUUCAUAAAGAUCCAAAAAUCGUUCUCCUGGUAGUAGCCAGAAUGGUGAUUUCUAGAGGAUGGAAAUCAUCCUCUCUUUGCAAUGCUGGUAUACUCACAGCUGGUUCAUAGCCCUUACUGACAAACUUGAUGUCUAAUACAAAGUUGGCAAAGUGGGUGACUCGGAAUUACGCCUUUGAGCAAUGUGGCUUCACUUCAUUUCCUUUAUUAAUGCUAUAGUAAAAGGUACAUGACCCCCAAACUCUCUUUUCAUGAAGACACCCUUGUAUGAAAGUAGUUGAUACAUAAUGAUGAAUUGCAUGGCUAGGGCAGAAAUUCUAACUGGACCUUAUGACAAGCAGAUAUUUUGUAGCAGUCCACUCUGGUUUUUGCUUCCUGUACCCCCUUUGUAGCAGGUGUGCAAGAUGUAAGGCUUGUCGUUUCAUUUGCUCUUAGACCAUUUCUCGUUCUGUUCUAUUUCUUUCAGAGAACAUUAAUAAGAUACCAUUUUUUAAAAUAAACAAAAUAUCUGCCCUGUUCAGUACAUCAUUAAUGCAUGCAGCUUGAAGUACUGUGGCAGAUUUCAGAGACAGAAACGGUUGCAUUGCUUUUUGCAAUUCAAAUUGUUACAAAUUCUGCAUUUAACUAUUUGGCAGGGUAGGGGUUAUACAACAGAGGCAAAAGAUAUGCACGUACCAGAUAGGUUUGUCAUGGGAUCAGAUUCCUGCAUCUUUGAAAUUUGCAUAAGAGGAGGAAUUUCACUCACUCACUCCUUGAGUCACUCACUGCAACACCAUAAUGGAAGAAGAUGCCCUGGCCAAAAUCCUUCCUUUGGUGCAAUGACAACAAAGACAUUAAUCCUGUUCCAUAUGGAAUCUGACAGAUCUCAAACACGUGUAACUGAUAAUUGUAACAAAAUUUCAAAGAGCUAUCCAGUGUCUGAUCAAUCAAUAUCUUUUUUAAAUAGGUGCUGCCCAAACUUCCAGUCCCACCACUGCAACAAACAUUGCACAUGUAUCUUCACUGCAUGAAACAUUUGGUGUCAGAAGACCAAUAUAAGAAGACUAAGGCCAUGGUGGAUAGGUUUGAAGCUCCGGGAGGCCCAGGGGAGGUCCUUCAGCAAAAACUGCUAGAAAGACGAGAAAAAGUUGAGAACUGGGUAAGCCCAAUGCUACUUUGUUCCAGAUAUCUUCAUCAGAUAGAAUAUGUAGAAUAAUCUAAAAAUUCAUGUUGCUUGCUUGUGUUACAGCCUCUCUCCUGCAUCACCUCCCCUCUGGGAUAGGUUCAAGUGCCCUGAUGGCAUGGUAGGCUUUGAAAUAUUUCAGCUACCAAAAAAAGCUGACGCACAGUGAGACCGAAAUUAACAUGGGUGGGGUCCCACAGGGCCAAGAAACGCAAGGUGCCCAGAGAUGGAAAGAAGAUAAAAUUCCUACCAAAGAAGAAUGGUUGACCAACUUGAUGGAUUACGCCAAACUGGCAAAAAUGACUGGGAAAAUCAGAAACCAGGAAGAUAAAAACGUUAACAAGGAAUGGGGAGAAUUUAUAAUUUAUCUUGGAGGACACUGUAAACAAUUAAAAACAUUAGCAGGAUUGUAACAACCCUUGUAAUGUAACAAGAACUAAGGAUAUAACAGAGUUUUUUAAAAGAAAAAUGGAGGAGAAUAUAAGAUGCAGUGGAAAGAGUUCAACAAGAGAACCCACAGGGGGUGGAGGGAAGUUCAAGGAUUUGGGGAAUCCUAUAUCUUUGUGAUGUUAACUCAUAUUUGAAUGUAAACUUUACUUGUGUGUAUACAUAUAUAUAUAUAUAUAUAUAUAUAUAUAUAUAUAUAUAUAUAUGAAAUGCAAGGUGUCAUAUAGUGCUGGUGGGGGUAACAGGACAGAGGCCAGAUGGUUGAAUGAAGGAGAACAAGACAGGCAAUAGCCUACAAAGCAGUGACUAGAGGAGGCAGAGGCCUGAGAGAAAGAAGAACAAAGGAGCCAAGAAUUUCAAGAGAGAAAAGGUCAAAGAGAAAUGUGCCCCUUGGGUAAAUACAAUUUUUAAAGAUGGAAGAAGAAGAAGAACUUCACUAUCUUAGUAUGAAUCAGAGCAGUGCAGGUGAAAGUUGGCCUAAAAUUCUUGUUCCAUGUCCUCCCUAUUCCCCUUGCUGAAACAGUCCUAAAGAGCUGGCAAUGCAAAAACAAUGAUUUCAUUAUUCAAGACUAAAAGACACAAAUAGCAAUGAAGGUGUACUAUUAAAAAACAUAUAUAGGAAGAAGGAUUGGAAGUCCAAGCUUAUAUUAUGAUACUUUUCAGCUGUGACAGUUAUAGUACAUGAUAGCCAAGAGUAAAAAAACAAAAACAAAACCAUUGUUAACUAUAAAAAUCAAAGCAAAACCAUGGUUAACUAUAGAAAUCAAAAGCUCUACCAUAGUAGCAGGCCAGUUUUUCUUCUCCACCUUAAAAAGGUUGCAACAGUUAAGGGUAAAAUUCCAGUGGCUGAUCAUAAACCCGAGAGAUUCUAAUACAGAAUUUGGCUUUUGCUCUUCUUCCUUAGGACUCCAGGGAAUGUGGGGGAAGGACUUUUUUCCCCCUUUCAGCGUCUGUUCCUACAGCAAUGAACAAAAGUCUCCAAGGAGUUUUAUUCCAGCAGAUGCCUAGAUUCAGAAUUAAGCACACAAAUAAGCACAGUAGGCAUGCCUUGUAUCGCUCAGAUAUGUAGUCAUCUAUAACCAUUUUUCCCCCUUCUUGUAGGUUUUAAACUACUGGCUGGAUGACAUGUACCUUAACAACCGGUUGGCCCUUCCAGUCAAUUCCAGCCCAGCAGUUAUCUUUGCUCGGCAACAGUUCCAAGAUGUGAAUGACCAACUGAGGUAAGGUAUCUGUAGUAUACAUUGGGCGGGGGCGAACCAUCCCUCCAUCUACUUUUGUGGCCAAAUAGUACCAUCUUUAAACCAGCCUUUGUGGUCUGGGCAUGCAAAGGAAGAAGCAUUAAUACUUCUCUUCUAAAAUGGACUGUGUUCAUUCGUUACUGGUAUUGAUUUGUAAGAUAUCAAGGUAUUUACAAAAUGUUGUAGAUGUCAUUGAUAUAAAUACACCUUUUCUUUAGUAUUACAACAUGGCUGUAAAAAACCUUUUACGAAUUUAAAAAUGGGUUUCAAUGCAAGUACUUCUGCCUAACAGGGUUGAUGUGGAUCAAAGUCUGUGGCUUAGUUGGAAGAGGAAGCUUCUGUGUCUUGUCAUGUGGAAACCAGAGGCCACAGGUCACGUUUUUCAAGGAAAAUAUAUUCAGUGUGUUUGCUACUGUAUGUGAACACAAAAUGACAACAUUCCUAGAAAACAGACUGUAUGUGAAGCUUCUGUUCCUGCUUUAUGGCAUAGUUUGUUGCAGGGAAAGUAUCUUCAGGGAGAUCCUGCCCAAUGAGAGAUCAGCUUCUGCUUUGCGAUGGUUACAACUCACUGAACUGCAGCAAAGCAAAGCAUGUCGCCUGAUCUGAGAUGUCCAUGUCACAAAGGGAAGGGCUCUUGUGUUCAGUUUAAAGCCUCGGUGGAACAGAGGGUGGGGAUGUGGCGGGAGUGUAAAAUGAAAGAUAUCCAGGAAGGUUAUUCAGAUUUUAAAGCCCUGUGUAAACAAUGCCUGGUCCAAUGCUGAAAAGUCAGAUCCGUUUGAAAGGCUGCCAUUUUUCACAAAUGAUCUGCAGCAUUUUAUGAGCACUAUGAGCCCAGUCCUAGGACGUGGGUGGCGCUGUGGGUUAAACCACAGAGCCUAGGACUUGCCGAUCAAAAGGUCGGCGGUUCGAAUCCCCGCGACAGGGUGAGCUCCCGUUGCUCGGUCCCAGCUCCUGCCAACCUAGCAGUUCGAAAGCACGUCAAAGUGCAAGUAGAUAAAUAGGUACUGCUCCAGCGGGAAGGUAAACGGUGUUUCCGUGCGCUGCUCUGGUUCGCCAGAAGCAGCUUAGUCAUGCUGGCCACAUGACCUGGAAGCUGUAUGCUGGCUCCCUUGGCCAAUAAAGCGAGAUGAGUGCUGCAACCCCAGAGUCGGUCACGACUGGACCUAAUGGUCAGGGGUCCCUUUAUGAGCCCAGUCCUAGACAAACUGGACGAGCCACUGAUUUAGCUACAAUGACACAAGUAUUUCAAAAUAUCCACAAGGCUGGAGUAACAUUGUACACUGUGACCCACUGUCACUGCACCCUACUUUGUUUUCAGAGACUGGUGCAACAUAUUUUUGAAUAUGUUCCCAAGACCUGGGAACAAAAAUGAAAUAUUGCAUUACACAAAUAUAUCAAGUGAACCCAUAAACAGUGACGUCAACUUUCACAAUGCAGGCCUAGGCUUCUUUUUCUGUUGAAAAGGGCAUGGAAUAUAUAAGUUCACCCCCUUCCAAACUGGUUCUUGGCAAGUAUUCUUGGCAAGAAUGGCACUACACUCAUUUCUUGAUUGGGCCCGUCCGUGCUCACAAUGGCAUGCAGCCUCCUGAGAGAUCCCUAUCUCUGGAUUAGGCACAGCUUUUGGAAACAACACCACUUUGCAAUCCAUAUAUAUGUAAAAAAAUGGGAAAUAAAAGAUGAGAGAAAACGUGUUCCGCUAAAUGGGUCAAUCAAAAAGAUCUCACUGGGGAAUGAGACAUGUGAAAGAAGAUUAAAAGUAAAGUGUUGUGGGUAGAGAUGCUCCCUUUUGUAAUUCACCAAUUUACAGGCCAAAUGGACUCAAAGGAAAGUCCCAGAGGUUCAUACUAGUACAUGUAAAUAUGCAUAAGAUUACAGCCUUAAUACUGCAAGGUGGUGAAUAAUACAGGAAUAUACCGUAUUUUUUGCUCUAUAAGACUCACUUUUUCCCUCCUAAAAAGUAAAGGGAAAUGUGUGUGCGUCUUAUGGAGCAAAUGCAGGCUGCGCAGCUAUCCCAGAAGCCAGAACAGCAAGAGGGAUUGCUGCUUUCACUGUGCAGCGAUCCCUCUUGCUGUUCUGGCUUCUGAGAUUCAGAAUAUUUUUUUUCUUGUUUUCCUCCUCCAAAAACUAGGUGCGUCUUGUGGUCUGGUGCAUCUUAUAGAGUGAAAAAUACGGUACCUUGUAUGGGCACAGACCAUUGGUCUAUCAAGCUCUGCAUUGCCUACUCCAGAAUAGCCAAAUGUGAUGCCCCCAAGAUACCACUGGAUUCCAGCACCCAUCAUCACUAGUCAUUGGCCAUAUUGACUGGGGCUGAUGGGAAUUGGAAUAUAACAAGAUAUGGAGGGCACCAUUGUGUCCACCCCUAGUCUAUGGUGUUUGAGGGCCUAGCUACACAUUAUGCUAAAUUUGCCAGCUGGGGCAUGAGACAGCUGCUGAACUGUAGCCAGGUUCCUCCUUGCUGUUAGAACUGUGUGCAAAUGCUAUUUUAAAAUGUCAAACAAUAUCUGGAGGAUCAUAGUUUGUCCACCUCUGGCCUAGUUGUCGAUCAGAAUUACUCUGUUCUGCAAUGGCAGUGGACACAGACUUCAAUAAACAACAACAGCAACACCCUAUUCUAAAUUCUGGCAUGAAACUGAACAGCUUCAUUGUGACCGUUGUUUUCUAGAAAACGGUGUUUUGCAUCUCUCCAGUGGAGAGAGCCCAUAAACAGUAAACUCUCAUGAGCAGAUGGGAAGCCUAUCAACUAACAGGAGGAACCUUGUAGCAGGAGGAAAUGAUAGGGCUGUUGUCUGGGUCUUAGGCAAAAUUUGACCAGGAUAUUGAUUUCAGUGACAAAGCUCUUUGGAGGUCUACUUCUGAGGACCAAACUAAAUGCAAUGAGGGCAGAUGGGUUUCUGUUCACAUCACCUCAUUCACAUAUAAAGCAAGGAGCAAGCAGAGGCAUACUUAAGAAUAAAGGAAAUCUAUUGGCAAGGCUACUGCAUCACUUCUGGUUUGGCCUUCAAUGAGAUGGUGAAUUUGUGUUCCUGCUAUUCCAUUUCAUACUGCCAGUGGAGACUCAAAUGACGGCAUGUUUCUCAAUAUAAAGAGAAAUACAGAUAACUUUUUACCAAGAGUUGUGAACGUACCAGUGGACAUAUUCCUGUAUACUAGCAGGAAUGAGCCACAGAGUCUCAGAGUUGUGCUCUCUACCCCACCUCUGCAUGGACAAGAAGUAGAUACAGAUACACACAAACACACCUACACACAAUAAAACAAAAUAACUCAUUUUAAAAAUGAGGGGGACGGGGGUCUUGGGUGCCAAUAGGUGUCUGAGGGCACCACAUCGGAAAUCUGAAACACGCCCAGUAACUGGUGUUUACCAGCUGGUAAAGGGUCAAUUGUAUCUGUUCUAUAUUAUUUUGACAAUGCCACCCGAUCUUCAUCGCAGGGAAUUCUUGUUCCUUCUGUCUUUGAUUUUUACAGGUUUGCUGCCAAUCUCAUUUCUGGAGUUCUUGAUUAUAAAGCACUGCUGGACACGUAAGCAGCUUGGCUUUUGUGAAUAGAAUCGAUGAUUUCACUGGGAGCAUAAACAUAAUCACAUUCACAAAGCUGCAGGAUCCGAUUGCAUCAGAUAGUAGUUUAAGGUUACAUGUACACUACCAGAGCAAACCUGUUUUUAAAAACUAGUUUGUCAUCACUUCAGAAGUGUGCUGAAAGUCCUAACUCAGGAGUCAUUUGACAGCUGGGCUCUAGACAGCUCAGUCCUAGCGUCACCUCUGGAAUAUCUUUUUGACGACAGGUCUCAGCCCUAGAAUAUAUGAAAAGUAUAAAGGCAAGAUUGACUUUGUGCAUGUGCACAGUGCAUUUCUGAGCAUCUGAGCAACCUCUGCCUGGCACUCCAAAGACUACAUAUCCUAGAGUUCAUUGGAGAGGAAGCCAUGCCAUGCAAAAUAACCAGUCCUAGUGCAGAGACAAUGGUACGGUUAUGUAAUUUUAGAGUCUGCACUUACUGGUCGUACGGGUAGCCUGCUGCUUAAGAUGGUAAUGUACAUUACAGUACUUGCUUCCAAAUGUGGUAAGCCAAUCUUGAUGCAUUUGUGGGCGCCCUCUGCUCAUUCUACUGAGCAAGACGCUAGAUGUCUGCCCAAACAACACCCUGAUGAGUGUAGACCAUAGCUGCCAACAUUUCCCUUUUUUAAAGGGAAAUUCCCUUAUUCCGAAUAGGAUUCCUUGCAAGAAAAGGGAAAAGUUGACAGCUAUGGUGUAGACAUUACUGAACUGAACUGAACUUCUGUCAGGUUAGCAACCUAACAUUAAUAUUACAAGUCUCCCUUGAUAAUGUGUGUGUGGAGUAUAAAUCUUAAUAAUAAAUAAAUGGGCCCAGCAUAGCAUCCUGAGUGGCUUUUCAUUCCAUUGCGGUUCCUGAAUGUGUCCGAUAAAUGUUGAUCGUCCAUUUGUGCAAUUCAAAGCUUGUUACCUCAGCAGUGCUGCCAAUUCAAUAAAAGCGCAUCAGCUCAACCCUCUUGUAUGCAGCGUGCUUCUCAUAUAAUUCCUGUGGUUUAUGUACUGUGAGAGCUUCUUCUCUGUAAUGAUAAAUGUGUCUGAUGUGGCUGCUUCAGAUCCAUCCAAUUAAUCAAUCCCCACCAGUCCAGAUCACUGACUGGCCAUGUGUAUUUUACAAAACACCUGUUUGAGACAUCUCAUUGCAUCUUGGUCUUUCUAAGAUGUCAAUCCUUAAGAAGUAGUUGUACUGCGUUGGUUAUUUUUUUCCUCAGCUGGGCUGCUCCAGUGGGCCACUCUACUUGUAGAGGUGCAGAUGUAGAGGUUCUCCUUAUGAAAUACUUGCCAUGCAAAGACUCAGGCAGACCUUCCCUUUCUCCCUGCAAGAUACAUGGGGGCAGGAGGCCACACCCUCGUGUAUGACAACACAUACAUAUUUUCACCUGUGUGAUUAGAAGUUCAGGUGGAGUGCAUUAACAGAGACGAGGUGGAAAAGGAAUGUGUCCUUCUGUCCUUAUGUUUUGCAUACAUUACCGUUUGCUUUUUCAACACUUGCCCACUGAAUGCAAAUACAGUUGCAUCGUAAGUCAUGUCAAGAAUCAUGAAUUUCAGCUUUGCUCUGGGAGCCCGUCUAUUUCCCAUUGCCGUAAUCUUAUUGUUGUAUGAUUCUAUUUGUGUUGUGUAUCUAACCUAAUUGUAAACAGACAAAGGACAGAUUAGAUUUCUCUUCCUUUCUGUCUACCUCUUUCUCUCUCUUUUUGUCUCUUUUGCUUUGUCUCUCUCGUUCUGUCCCUCCAGCCAUGCUGUGCCUGUUGAUUUUGCUCGUGGACAGCUGUCUGGUCAUCCUCUCUGUAUGAAGCAAUACUAUGGACUCUUUUCUUCCUAUCGUCUUCCAGGACAUACCAAAGAUACCCUUGUGGCCCAGAAAAGCAAUAUCAUGCCUGAACCGGAACAUAUCAUUGUUGCUUGUAACAAUCAGGUGUGUGGAUAUUCAUUGGAUGCAGUUUUUUCAAAACUUGAGCCCGCUUCAUUUUGCUAUGAAAUUGACUAAGCAAGGGGAGGGGGUGCUGGUUUGCUUUCUAACUGACCACCAAAAAUGUACCACAGGUGAACUGUCACUUGAGUUCUUUCUGUGGGUGGGUUUCUACAAUUGGCCACUAUGAAGCUGCAAGCCUAAGCAUACUUACUUGUGAGUAGAGAUGGGAAGGCCUGGAAAAAAAUGGGGGGAAACCUGGCUUUUUUCCCAGGCCUUCCCAUCUCUACUUGGGAGUAAGUCCCACUAAGCUCCAUCACAUUUCACUUCUGUAGUUUAUCUAUUAAAGACUACAAUAAUCACCAGCACCAUUUGUUUGAAAAGAAAAAUCUGGGGAUAGGGUACUAUUGACCAAAAUGAUACAAGACAGAAGAGCAAGUAAUGAACGAAGUGAUAGAUUUUUAGAAUGAUGGUCUUUACUUAUUAUAUUCUGGAAUGAUAAAUUCUAGGACAUUUACCCAUGCAGAGUAGUCUUCGCUUUGACAUACUAUCUUCCCGUGAACAAGGUGUAGUUUUUUGAUGUGGGGAGGUUGAGAAGGAAAGGGAUAAAGCUUUGUCAGUGGAUCCCGCUAAGUACCCUGGCUCAAAGUCAUUUUGAAUCAUCCAGGAUCAUUUUUACUAAAAUUGUGUGCUCCCACUAUUGCUUUGCCCUUUCUUUUAACUGCUCCCCCACCCCUCUCUCUCCCCAGUUUUUUGUUUUGGACGUUGUCAUUAAUUUUCGCCGUCUCAGUGAGGGGGAUCUGUUUACUCAGUUGCGGAAGAUAGCCAAAAUGUCAGAGAAUGAAGAAGAGAGGCUGCCUCCAAUUGGUCUCCUGACAUCUGAUGGAAGAACAGAGUGGGCUGAAGCCAGGACAAUCCUUGUUGAAGGUGAGCAAGCGGCAACCAAAUUGCAUCUCUUGCCAUUCACCCUGUUCACCCAUCUUCUCUGCUCAUCAUGUCUCUAGAUGGGACGGUGACCAGCUUCUCAUAAACAGCAAACAAGGUGGCAAAACUGUUUCUCUGCUGUGCCACUUUAAACUGCAGGCGAAAGGACCACACAACAGAAUGCUUCUCCAUUACAUCUUACACAUACAAAAUAAUAAUAAUAAUAAUAAUAAUAAUAAUAAUAAUAAUAAUAAAUUUUUAUUUAUAUCCCACCCUCCCCAGCUGAAGCCGGGCUCAGGGCGGCUAACAACAAUAAAAUAAUACAACAUUCUAAAAUCAUUUAAUUAUAAAAUUAAUUCAAAUCAAAUUGAUGGCAACCAUUGGGCUAGAGUUCUGUGAAGAUUGCCAAAGGAGGGAGUAAUAACAAAUUAAUAAAUAAUAAAACUACAUGUCAGAGAGGAGGAUUCUAGCUAAACCUUUCUCUUUUUUUUAAAAAAGAUAUUUAUUAGGAGUUUACAAGUUACAGAAAGAGAAAGAGAACAAUAAAGAAUUAAACAAAACAAAACAAUACCUUACAAUACAUAAAAAAAACAAAAAGAAAAAAACAAUACAAUAAAAUAACGGAAAAACAGAACAAAAACAUUUAAAAACACAUCCAACUCUUCCAUAUCUUUACCUUUCAUAUACUUGUUUCAUCGACCUCCUCACACCUCCCUUUUUUGUAUUCUAGUUCAAUUAGCUAUUUCAGCAAGUCCUUUCCAUCUUUCUCAAUUUUUGUUCUAAAAUUUAACUUAAGACACUCUAACCUUAAAUUUUCCACUUUGAUCCAUUAACAAUCUAUUUUUACUUAAUUCUUUAUAACAUUUCUGCUAAAGCCAUAUAGCUUCAUUCCAACAUCCUUCUAACAUUCAUUAAUUUUGCAAUAUUUCUGUAAAUAUACUUUAAAUUUUUCCCAAUCUCCUUCCACCGACUCUUCUCCCUGGUCUCGGAUUCUGCCAGUCAUUUCCGCCAGUUCCAUGUAGUCCAUCAGCUUCCUCUGCCAUUCUAGCUAAACCUUUCUCAUGGCAUGCUGAUGUCCUGCCGCCCGCCCUCCAUGCAGAGUCUUUAUUUUUGGCAUUGAAGAACAUUUAAUCUGGUGAAUAUACACCUGUAACCUAAAAUGGCACAGCACAGAACAGAGAUGGGUGAGAAAUUUGAAUCGAUUGCAUCUAAAGGCAAACUUUCCUAAUUUGCACUUUCUGAAACUCCGCACCCACUCAAACACAACCAUCCUUUGACAUUUGCACUUUUCUGAAUCUUGCAAUGUAGUCCUCCAGCCAAAUAAUGAGCAAAAAAAUAAAUGCAUAUACUAGGAUAAAGGGUUCAUUUAAAUGCAUGUAUUAUUGAAAAGAACAUACCAAAAAUACAUUAUAGUGGGGGGAAUUGUUUUGCCCAAAAGUGUGUAUGGUAAGCAAAAUUGCAUAGAGAACUGUGUAUUAGGAGAAAUUUGCAGUAAAAUGCUGGUGAACUUUCAUGAUUAUUAUUUUUUUUAAAAAGCAAACAGAUGAGGAAACAUUAGAAAAAUGAGACACUAGGGGGAAAAGAAAACCAUGGAGGAUGAGCUAUCAUGGCUCAAAACCAUUGAUACCCUUAAUCUCCACAAAUUUGUCCAAUCCUAUUUUAAAGCCAUCCAAAUUCCAUAGUUUAACCAUAUGCUGUGUGAAAAAGUACAUUGCCAAGCUCAUACAUCAUCAUAUCAUAACUACAAACACACACCCUUUGUAAAAGUUUAAGCUUAUUUUUCCAAGAGCAAAAUACAGUUUUGGAGCUCUCAGUGGCACACUGCAGAAGAGGCAUGUCUUGGCAGGAAGAGCCGACGGUAAUUCAUUGCACCAAGCCCAUUGUUUCUCUCCCCAGAUUCUACAAACAGAGACUCUCUUGAUAUGAUCGAACGGAGCAUCUGCUUAGUAUGCCUUGAUAGUCCAAGUGGGGAGGAACCCACAGAUACCAACAUGGCUUUGCAGCUUCUGCAUGGAGGAGGCUACAGUAAAAAUGGUGCCAAUCGUUGGUAUGAUAAGCCUAUGCAGGUAAGAAGUUGCUAUUGGCGCAUGUGAGUUCUCAUUCAUGUCAAAGGCUGGUCAACAUGGAAGGGUUCUAGCAUUUUAAUCCAAACCCUCCUAAUAUGUACUUCCCAAACAUGAACCAGGAUGCAGUUACCCUCUGAAAUUUGCCCUUCUCUGAAUUUUUCAACCCCAAAACUACAUAUAGCAAAACAUAUUUUGGCAGGUAAUGUGCACAAAAAUGGUCACAAAAACGAUGCACCAAAAAAUGCAGUCCUGGAGGGGAAAUUACUUAUAGACAGGCAGAUAUUCAGCAAAAUCACUUGCAAAAAACGUGAAAUGCUCAAGACAAUGCAUGCAUUUUUUAAAUGCAAUUAGUAUAGCGGUUAGUGUGUUAUAUUAGGACUUGGGAGAGCAGAGUUCAAAUCUCCACUCAGCUAUGUAACUCACUGGGUGAUCUUGGGCCUAACCUACUUUACAAGAUUGAUGAGAUGAUGAAUUGGGGAGGAAGAAAACCAUGUACACUACCUUGAGCUCUUUCAAGAAAAGGUGAGAUAGAAAGUAAAUAUUUAAAAAAUGCUAACUGAUUUGGAAAUGGGGAGAACUAAGCUCAGACUGAACUUAGCAAAAUGAGAGAGGAACCAAAACGGACUGAUCCAUCCAUCCCUACCUGUAGUUGCAUGUACUAUGUCAUUAGUAACUGAAUCAAGAAGGAGAACCUUCCCUAUACUCCCAGAGCUGCUGUCCCAGACUGAAGACACAUGGCGCCUAGUUAGUCAUAGUCGCCUUAGACUGGACUUAACCAUCAUGGGGUCCUUUACCUUUACCUUUUUACGUAGAUAGAAGAUUACCCGGAACUUUAUGUACCCUGACCCUGAGGUUUGCUUAGCUAAUGACCAGUCCCUAACCAAAACCAUGCCAGUCUAACCAACACAUUACACUGGCCUGCUCUCUUCAUCACAGCCACACAUAGUCAACCCCUGACCUCUAGACCUGAGGAGCAGAUCUACCUCACUCAGGUUUCCCAUUAAGCCAGCACUAUCCUCAUUUGUGUUUCUCAAUGUCAAACUCCACGUGGGGUGGCAUAACAUCCCCUACCUCUAUAUAUAAUUUGCUUCCCAGCGUAUAAUUUCCUCCACACUCACGAGAGUGAGUCUAAUUGGCCUACAGUGCGUAACAGGCAGAAAUAGCUGUAUUCAUUUCCAAUUAAGUCAAAUGGAAAAUGUUAAGCUAAAGAAUCCAUCAUGGGAGGGUGAGGAAUCUAGUUUUCCCCAAUCUUGCAUUAUUUUAUGUUAUAUUAAUAUCUGGUGGAGCAUAUCUGCUGUUGUAAUUCGCUUGGGUUAACACACAUUACUGAUAAAAAAACCGACCUUUCUGUACAGGGUUAGUUUUCUUGGAUUUUUCUGUGCAGCCUAUCAGGACCUUUGCUGCUUGCAAGUGGUUCCGUAAUUACAUUGGAAAUGUCAUCCUGCAACCAAAGACUUUGUGGGGUUGUGGCCUUUGACUCCACUCCAGAUACAGGCAUGCAAGACUAGGAGCCCAACACGGCUAAUAGUGAGGGGUGAAUUUGCAUCUGCAUGGAAAAAUGGGGAGGAACCAGCAUUAGAACCAGCAUCAAGCGUCAGCACCCUCAGGCAUCUGCAAAGGGCCUAGAGACGGGCAUAUCUGUCAGUUUCAGUUUCCCAGUCAUCAAGUUCUGUUCUAUACAUUUCCACAUCAGUUUCCGAUUCCCCUCCCCACCCAAAGUCCUUAUGAGAAAUCAACAUUUCUCUUAAUACAGUGGUACCUCGGGUUAAGGACUUAAUUCGUUCCGGAGGUCCGUUCUUAACCUGAAACUAUUCUUAACCUGAGAUACCUCUUUAGCUAAUGGGGCCUCCCGCUGCCACCGCACCACCGAAGCACAAUUUCUGUUCUCAUCCUGAAGCAAAGUUCUUAACCCGAGGUACUAUUUCUGGGUUAGUGGAGUCCGUAACCUGAAGCGUAUGUAACCUGAAGCAUAUGUAACCCGAGGUACCACUGUAUACUUUUUGUAUGCAAUUUUACCUAACACAUACACAUUUUUGCAAAGCAAUAUCCUUUAAAGAAUGCAUUGUUGUGUAUUCUUUUCACUAGCAAAUGCAUUUUUUGCACGCAUUGCCUCAGCAUGUGCGUUUUGCAGGCAUUGCUUGACUGGGGCGCAAGGCGGCGGGGAGAAGAAUACACUGCAAAAUUCAGAGAAGUGUGCAUUUUGAAUUUCUGUGUUUUUGGUUCAUUCAGAAAGUGUGAAUUAGGUAGGCUUGUUUUUAAAUGUGAACAGAAUCACAUUUAUCCCUCACCCUCAUAAAUGUGUAUACCCUGUUGGUGGUGGUGGUACACUGACAAGUCCCUAGACCUGCUGCAGUGAGGAGUUAAGCUCCCUGAAGAAGAGAGGCCCAUUACCCAAAGACCCUCCAAAACCUGCAGCCAAGACUGAUGCACAUGCGCAGCCAUAGGGAUGGUGUAAGAAAUCUAGGUCAAUUCACACUUAAAGCUGAAUCUAUCAAACAUGCACUUUCUAAAACAUUGGAACAAUGCAAGCAAAUAAUGCUUGCAUCCUGAUCCAGUGACUGUCCAUAUUUUUGCAUGUGGGAAUGCAUACCCCUUAACUGCCCCAAUUAAAUCAGGAAAUCCCAUUUUGGGGGGCCAUGCUCUUGCGCAAGAGCACAGCACCCAAAAACGUGCAAGAUUGUGGCCCAGAAAAAAUCUAUCUUUCUGGCCCACGCUCUUGCAUGGGUCAUGUGACUCAUGCAGGUGCACAGCCUCAGAAGCCGGGCAUCCUGGUUUUCCCACUGCAGCAUGUUGGAGGGUAUGGGAACAUACCUGCAGAAUUUAAACUGCUUUGGGAUUUUUCCCCCAACGAAAACUGAAGUUUUAAGAAGUUUUCUAGAAGUUUUAAAAUAAAUAUAAGGUAAAGGGACCCCUGAGCACUAGGUCCAGUCGUGACCGACUCUGGGGUUGCGGCGCUCAUCUCGCUCUAUUGGCCAAGGGAGCCGGCGUACAGCUUCCGGGUCAUGUGGCCAGCAUGACUAAACCGCUUCUGGCGAACCAGAGCAGCGCACGGAAACGCCGUUUACCUUCCCACCGGAGCGGUACCUAUUUAUCUACUUGCACUUUGUGCUAGGUUGGCAGGAGCUGGGACCGAGCAACGGGAGCUCACCCCGUUGCUGGGAUUUGAACCGCCGACCUUCUGAUCAGCAAGUCCUAGGCUCUGUGGUUUAACCCACAGCGCCACCCACGUCCCAAAAUAAAUAUACAACUCAGUAAAAGAAGCGGAAGGAUUCACUUGCUGUUUCUGUCUGUAUAUAUCCCCCCUGCUCAGUUUGUUGUGGGAAGAGAUGGAGUGUGUGGAACAGUGUGCGAACAUUCUCCUUUCGACGGGAUUGUCCUGGUACAAUGCAUUGAACAUUUGCUCAGACACAUGUAAGUUGCCUGUGAUGGGCCUCUAAGCUAUUACUUCCUUCUCUUCUCCAAUGCCACUGGAGUAUUGCUUAUCUUCCUCAGCUGUUGGAAUUGUGCAGUCCUUCCAGUGAUAUUUUGGAAAUCGGUAGCACCUUGAUGAGAUACACAUGUUAAAUUUUAUUUGGUUGUCUAUGUACAGUCGUACCUUGGCUCCUGAAUGCUUUGGGAGUCGAACUUUCCAGCUCCCAAAUGAUUGAAAACUGGAAUUGAGUGUUCCGUUUUAUGAACAUUCUUUUGGAAGCUGAAUGCCCGAUGGGGCUUCCAAUGCUUCUGAUUGGCUGCAGCAACUUCCUGCAGCCAAUGAGAAGCUGUGCUUUAGUUGUUGAACAUUUCGGAAGUCAAACGGACUUCUGGAACAGAUUCUCUUCGACUUCCGAGGUACGACUAUUAGAUUUCUUACCCACCCUUUGUCAUAAAAUCCCAGAGCAAGUUACAACAAUGCAAAAAUACGAUAAAAUCAGUUAAAACAACUUAAAGUCAGAAAAAUAGGGUGGGUCCUUAUAUAUAUAUAUAUAUAUAUAUAUAUAUAUAUAUAUAUAUAUCAGGUGUCGAAGGUCAGGGUAAAGAGGUGUGUUCAGCAUAUGAUUCCAAAAACUUAGGAGCUGCCACAAAGAAUUCCCCCACUUGCGACACACUCCCCAAGUUUCCUACGGCACUGAAACUACCAAGAGGGCCCCAUAUGCUGAUUGAAACACUGGGGAAGGAGUUGGGUCUUUCAGAUGUUUGGUACCUAAGUCAUUUAGGGCUGUAAACACCAAUGUGAAUAUUUUGAAUUGCUCCCAGCAGCCAACUGGAAACCAGUGCUGCUGUUUCACAGCUGACGUGGGUUAUAAUUUGCUUAUGUAAAAAGAUGCAGAAAUCUAAUCACUGUGAAACCCUUUUUAAAACGUUUGACUCUUGCAAAGGGAUGUCUUUUGAGACACCUAGCGAUGCCAAUCGCUUCCAUGGCAUAACAACUCUAAAGAAUUAGGUAAUGUGAUGAAAUUAUAAACCUGGAAUUUCAGCUUUGAUGUCAGCACAUCAAUGACUUUAAGUAACGGGAGAGGAGAGCUUUCUAGUGUGUCUUGUUGGUAAAAUAGUCUACCAGCCUAGAAGUAUUGAUCAGUGGUGGCAGUGCCAGUGGACUGACUGGCACAAAUGGAUUGAUCACCUCUGGGUACUUGGGUGUAUCCAAUCCAUUCAUGGCCAUUUUGCCCAAUGGAUGCAACCUAAUGUAACUAACAGUGACAGUACCUUACUAAUACAUUAAUUAAUGUAUUAAUUAACUAACAGUACCUUACUAAUACCUUGAUUAAUAUUAAGAAGCAGCAUUCAGAAGCAGCAGUGAAUAUAGAUCAGGCAGCAAGUGUCAUGUAGAUCAGUUAAUUGCAGUAGGACCUUCAGUCAUCUGUCUGAUGUCAAAAAAACCUUUUUGAGUUCUACUGCGUCUAACAGCAUAUUUAUUGGCAUUCUGUCAUUUAAAAAAAUCAGGAAAGAAGGUGCAAAGAAAUUGGUCAGAGCAGAUUCAGUGAGUGAACUUCCUGCUCCAAGGAGACUAAGGUGGAAAUGUUCUCCAGAAAUUCAGGGACACUUGGCGUCAUCAGCAGAAAAACUUCAAAGGUACCAUAGUUUCAUUAGAUUUUCAACUUGUGUGUGUAUGGGCGGUUAUUUUAAUGUGUUGGACUUUCCUUAAUAAUAUAAUCAAUGAAUAAAAACAGUAAAAGCUGAGAGAAAGAUCAGCUAUAGAACAUAGUGGUUUCAACUUAAGCUAUUAGGGCUGCAAGCUUUUAUUGACUUUCAGAUUGACUAACUGCUGAGUGGGAGCUGAUUGUAAUCAGUAAAGGUAGAUAUUCAUUGACUGAAUUGCCUAUUUCUUUUUGCUUUGACCCAUAUCAGCCACAGAGAGAGAUUGCGGCUGAAGAAAAGGGCUUUAACUCUUCUUGUCUGCCAUUUUCCCAAUGAACAUCCCCCUUUCUUUCACUAAAGCUGCUGUCUGCCCCCUUGGGGAAAAGUUAUGGACACUCUUCUAGAGAACAAAUGCAUUGCAAUGAGAUGGUAGGAGUCUGAAUAAUCUCCAUGACUAUUUUUAUCGUCAGAUAGUGCUACAGUGGAUUGCCAAUAUGCGUUCAGCCUGGCAGAACCCCUUUCAUUAGGAUAAUUGGCACCAACGGGCCUAAAUGGUUGUCCAAUGCAGAACUAAGGAGAUGGGUGAAGCCAGAGGUGAUAACUCGAAUAAAAUAUUGGGAGGGCACUGGUAAGCCUUGCCCUACAUAAUCAAUCACAUGAUGUGGCACACACACACCAGUUGAAUGGCAAGGCCCAUCAAUUUGGGCCUGGCCCCCUCAAAUAUUUUAUUGCGGGGGGCUAAAGGACCUCAGCCCCCAAUAGUUGGCUCCUAUGGGUGGAGCCUUCUUUGGGAAAGGGGCGUGUCUUUCUUCCGCCUUCCCCCUCGCUUUGUGGGUUGAUGUCAACCAGCUGUUUGUGCAGGAGCUGCAGGUUCUGACUGAGGUGAUCUGAGGAAAAGGUCAGAGCUGUAGGACUUGCUGGCAGCUCUGAAGAAGUAUCUGCUGCAGCAACUUAAGAUGUGACUCUCCAAUAUGGUAAAUCCAGGACAUUCUUUCAAUUUGCUGGAACUCAGUUUUGGCACCUCUCAGGUGGGCGCCAUUGCCGUUAUAAGAGAACAAGGGAGGUGUUCAUGCUGAGUUCUGGCACCUCUUUUUCUAGAAAAAAUAGCACCAGCAAAACCUGUAUAUAUGCAAAAAUAUCCGAUAUACCACCAAACACCAGUUAGCCUCAAUCCAGGGGAACCAAAUUCAGUGUAGGUGCUGUGGCAAACCCUGGAAAUUUUCACUGAUAAGGGUUUUGAGAACACCAUAAUGGUUAUCUCAUCUUUAGUAUAACAGGGGGUGGAGAGGAAUAACAGAACAAAAGCAAACUAUGAGGGCUAAGCGUCACACAAGAUUGUGCCUCCACAUUUGCCAUGGCAAUGUAAUACUUAUUAUUACCGGUAUGUUUCUGUCACAUAAUAAAUGACUGCAAACAUGACAGGAAGUAAAUUGGAUACAGCAUUUAGCCUUUGCAUAAAAUGCAAAGAGCAACCUCUAUUUGUACACAUGCUACACCCUAAGCAAGCAAAUGAGUAAGUCAAGACAUACAGAGUGGGGAGAAAAUGUAUAGGCAAGAGUGACAGCAAACAACUCAUUUGAGUAGACAAUUUGAAUUGAAGUAUUAGUUCUUUGCAUGCUCCCGUCUGUCCCUACAAAGCCUUUUUCUCCUGCAUUGCAUUUUCCAACACGCCAUAUGAUCAUAUAGCUUUUAUAGCACAGCUCUGAACAAGACAUAUAAUACAAGGAAUUUGUCACUAUGGCCCAGAUCCCAAGAUCACCUGCCUGACUACUUUGGGGCAUACACCAGGAGAAACAAAAAUAGAUCAAAAUAAAUAAAUUACACAAUAACUCCUGUUCUCACUUCUGGAGUUUUUCAUCAUUUUCUAGGAUGGUGAAAAAUCUAGAUUUUAUCGCUUAUAAAUUUGAAAACUACGGAAAAGAGUUUAUCAAGAAACAGAAGAUGAGCCCAGAUGCCUACAUCCAAGUGGCACUACAGCUGGCAUUUUACAGGUAUGUAAUUAUUUUUAUUAUUGAUUAUUGAUUGAAUUUAUAUAACGCCCUAUACCCAGAGGUCUCAAAGCAGUUCACAUAAUAAAAUCAAUAAACCAGCUAUCAGCUCUUAUUUGAAGCUUGCAAUGCAAUAGCUGACCACAGAUUAUGCUCUGGGAGACCCCCGGGCAAGAAUGAGCAAAAUAUCAGAGCCUUUUCUCAUGACCCAGGGACCCCACCUUCUUGCUCACCUUUAGGAGAGUGAGAGUCAAGGUAGAAAUUGUUCACACCAUUAGUAACUGUGUGAAUGGUUAUGUAAGUAUAAAUUGCAGGUUUUGGGGAAAUAAUCAAGACUGGGACAGUGGGACGCUAGCAGUGGGUAUGCUUAUUUAACCCUUUGUCUCCCUUGUUUCCAAUCUACAUCAGGAACCCUUUACCAGCCAUUUGCAUCAGGAGGAAAGCUCCCACUGGUGGCAAUGGGAGCAUAGCUGUCAAUGUUUCCCUUUUUUAAAGGGAAAUUCCCUUAUUCCAAAUAGGAUUCCUCGCAAGAAAAGGGGAAAGUUGACAACUAUGAAUGGGAGCUUUCUUCUUCAUGCAAAUAGCAGACAUGCAGGACCAAAUCCAGUUCAAGACCAUCAUGGGGGUCUUCCAUCAGGAUCUAAGUCUGGAAUGGCGGGGAAUGGGGACUCACACCUACAGUUUACACUUAAAGACAUUCUUCACACAAAUAUAUCAUCUAGGUUGGCCCUGAGAUGAAUAUCUGUUUCCAUCAGAUAUUCAGGAAGGCCAAGGUUAUGCUGCCGCCAGCAUUUUGGGACACAGAGCACAAAAUAAGAGAGCUAAUAUUUGUCUCUGUCUCUCCCUGCCCUCCCUCCUGACACCUGGGUCAAGCCUGACAUCCAGGAAGCCUUGAGCUCACCAGUGGAGACACACAGUCUGUCCAGAGAGAACAUUAUAAUUCAUCCUUGCUCAUCUUUGGAGCACCAAGUAGAAUGACAGAAUAGAGGUUGUGUUAGAGAAGCAUCUUGGUGCUGUGGUGUUUGAACCUGGCCAUCCUGAGUGUUAAAUGCUGGGUCUAAUUAUGAUGGUUAGAAAAUGCAAGCAGGAAAUGCAAGAAGCAGAAGGUCUACCUCCCCUUCCUCUUCCUGCUUCUUGCAUUUGGUCCAAGUUCAUCUCUCAUCAGAUGCCUCUAUUGCUUUGAUCACUAUUAAUCUUAUUCCACACCACCUUGGGAACCAAUUGGUUGAAAGGGGGAGGUGUAUCAACACACAAGAUGCAAGCAAGCAAACAGAUAGGAUAACUGUCCAGCUUUUGCUACACCUGUCUUCGGUCAUUCUGCUUCCAGUGUGCAGAUCAGUUCCCAACUCCCACCUUCCUGUUGCCCAAUCAAACCAACCUCACGCCCCUCUGAAAAGGGCAGCCCUGUGUGGCAUUUCCUUCCUUCUCUGCAUAAACUGUAGUACAACCUAGGCCUUGGCCUAAUGUCAUUACUGUUACGAUAUAGAAGCAAUGCAGCCGCGAGCUGCUAGCUUGAAAACAGCACAUGAUGGAAUGUUAGGACUGUUCUGUGGGAAACAGAGGGACAGUCAAUUCACAGGGCAAUGCACCAGAAUUAGCUCAGAGUGUAAUAUGAGCUCUUCCUUUUGCUCUUGUACAGGAAGUACAGGUUUUGUUUCACUCUCGACUGCUGGAGUUUGAAGAGAGAAGUCAUGUUUUUUGUAACGCCGCAAAGACAGAAAUAAAGGCAUGUAAAUACGUUUCUGUCUAUCUCUUUCCCCUGCCGGGGGGGGCAGGAAAGAGGGGGUGUGUUCUUCUCACUCUGAGAAGGAUCGCCUAUCGCGACCCUUGCCUGGAUCUUGCUGAGGAAUGCAGACAGGGAGGUCAACAGGAGAUCAAGCCGGGAGCCUGGAGAGUUGCCAGUUUCUCCUGAUAAAGGCUUGAUUCCUAACAAUUACAUGGUGCAUUUCCCCACCUCUGAUCCACUUCCUUGGCUGUUGCUAACAGCCGUGCUGGAUUUAGGGCAGCGCAUAUAAUAAUAUAAUAAUGAGUAUUAUAUUCUCAGCCACUCUGGGUGGCUCCCAACAGAAUAUUAAAAACACGAGAAAACAUCAAACAUUAAAAACUUCCCUAUACAGAGCUGCCUUCAGAUGUCUUCUAAACGUCAGAUGGUUGUUUAUUUCCUUGACAUCUGAUGGGAGGGUGUUCCACAGGGCAGGUGCCACCACCGAGAAGGCCCUCUUCCUGGUUCCCCUGCACAGGGGGUCAAGCCAAGGGGGCACAAAACAACAACAACAACAACACAGGUGCCUACUGAGAAGAUCCAAGCAACUGUACCAAAAAGAAUUAUUGUGAAAAUAAGAAUUGGGGCGGGGGGGGGGUUGUCCUCACUCAGGGUGCCAUUUUACCAAAGUAAAAUGGUCAUACCAAUAGGUAGCUGUCCAACCACUUCCAGCCUCCUAGUUGUGGUGCAGCCGGGAAGGAAACAUAGUCCACUCUGUCAGUCAUAAGCCCCCUCUGCAGUGAACAAGCAGAAGAGUAAUAGGCCCUAAUUAGCAGACAAAUCAGAGUAUAUAGAUGCAGAUUAUCCUUGUUGCCAUUAGAAUCUGAAGAGUAGCAAACAUUCCUUGUUUAAAGCAUCAUGAAUUUAACUGGGAAAUUAAAUGAGACGCCCUGGAGCCAUGUAAAAAAGAAAGGGGGGGAACAGCUUUGCUAGACAGCAAACAUUUAUCAGCAUAGCGUUAAAGAAAAAGGGGCAUGUGAAGAUGGAGGUGAACAAAGGGCAUUCUACAAAAUUAAGGUGCUUAGCUGCUGCUCUGUGACCUAGCCAGGUUUGCUUUCAGUGUAGAUAAAUGGCUUUGAAAUUCUCUUUAGUAAAUUAAUCUAAAGAGUGGGGUAGGGAGCAACAUACACAUUCCCUUGGAGCCUUCUCUGUGUUGCUUUUCAGCAUGGGAUCUUUAACGUGAAACUGCAAGCUUUUCCACCCAGUUGAUCAAAGCAUGCCCUGGCCUCAUUCUGGCCUUGGUAGGGCAGCACAUUCCUUCAACUGCAAGCCUCAAUGCCACAAUAACAAUGUGAUAUCCUAUCUCUGUGCAAUAGACUGUGGGGAGGAAAGAUAGUUGUGCCUAUAAAUUGGUUCAAUGUGUCCUCCACUGUAAGCUAAGGACCAACAUUGUCUCGACCAAGUGCCAUUUGUCAACCACAACCUGGAGGACCUCACAGUGGAGGAAAUACAGAUGUGGGAACUGCAGCUAGAGUGUCUAGAGAUACUAUGCUUUAACUUUAAGGCCAUUUCACACAAUCCAUUGCAACAAGCACAUCUUCACAGCUGGAUUAUGGAAUUCAGUGUCACAAACUGUGAUGAUAGCCACCCGUUUAGAUGGCUUUUAAAAGAGAUUAUACACAGCCGCCGAUAGACCAACUGCUCAUGAAUAUAAGCUAUGAUGGAACCUCCAGUUUUUGUUCUUGUAGUCUUGAACAUGGAGUUUGUGCUCAGCUGGGAUUUGCAGCCAGUGUGAUCUGUGCCUAUGCACAUGUUUCAGUUUGUCACAUUCAUACUUUCCAUUAUUACAUUAACUCCUGAAAAAUAUACCACCCUAGUUCACACACUAUAGUAAACCAUUGUUAAUGGUUUAUGCCAAACUGGGCUGUUUCGCUCCUUCCCACUAGGGCUAGGGAGAAACCAACUGCAAUCUCUGAGUGUCAUGUCCAAAUCAGGGAUAAUGGUUUGUUUCACUCAUACAAGCCAUGAUCAGUAAAUAAGCCAAGAACAAACUUUGACUUAUCACCAUGGUUUAAAGCAAAAACAACAACAACCUUUGAUCUCUGGUUUUUGCAUGUCCUUCUAAGCAAGGGAUUCGUCCCAGCACUAUGGAGGAUGAGUGAAGGGGGCACAAUCAGGUUCUGCAGGACAGAGCCAGAUUUAGGGCAAAGCCUGGGCCUAGGGGGCACCUCAGAGUGUCCCAACUAUGACGUAGUGAAUUGAGAAGAAUAUAAGGUGAGAGGCAGGGAGGUGCUGACUUUAGGCCUCACACAGUGCACCGCUGAAAUUUGAAAGACCAAAGUCUGCUCCUGCUUCUCGCUUGCUGAUUGUGGCCUUCCCACAAUCAGGAGUAAAUUUCUGGCACUUUUGAAACUACUCCUAUUUUGGCAGAGAGCCUCUGGACCUCUCCAUUCCAGUGGACAUAGAAUGGUGGAUGCAUCUCAUCUAUGAUGCCUUAAUUUUUCAAAGCACACAUCAGGCCCUCUUAUGUGGUACCUUGGUUCCCAAAUUCAAUCCGUUCUGAAAGUCUGACUUCAAAAAUGUUUGCAAACCAAGGCACGGCUUCUGACUGGCUGAUUGGCCCCAAAAACAAUGCCAACAGCUGAAAUGGACGUUCAUAAACUGGAACACUUACUUCCGGGUUUGUGGGGUUUGGGAGCCGAUUUGUUUGGAGCCAAGCCAUUCGGGAAUCAAGGUACCACUGUACCAGUAUCAUGCCCUGGUACAUAGCAUAGGAAUCACCGCUAUUCCAUGUCUCCCUUUAAUCACAGAACAGUAUGGUGUUGUUUUUUCUCUAUUGAAUUGAAAUAAAAAGAGUUGCCAUCCCACAAGCCAAUGAUGAAUCAUGCCGUGAUUUCAUUAUGUAGCACAAAUGACAUAUUCCUUGAGCUUACAACAAGCAAACCUCUUUACUAGCCCUGUCGUCAGACAUAAAGGAUUUCUUGGCUAGUACUGCAUUAACCAAAAUGAAUUCAGCCAUAUGUGCAUCAAUCUUGUCGUUUAAAGGGGGGAUGCCAUGUCUAGCCUUUGUCUAGAACUCUAUUAGCAUAAACAUGAAAUAUUAUGCCAAAUAAAAGUCAAGGCUGCAAAACGAAAACCCGGAGAGCCUAUUUUUAUUUCAUACCGUCACCCCCCGCUAAAAUCACUAUAUGUAUUUCACCAUGCCUGUAGAUUAUACGGGAGACUUGUUCCCACCUAUGAAAGUGCUUCCAUACGGCGGUUUGAAGAAGGAAGAGUAGACAACAUCCGAUCUGCGACUCCCGAAGCUUUAACUUUUGUCAAAGGAAUGAUUGAUAAAAAAUCAUCUCUGCAGGUAAGAGGAUUUACACACAACCCUUUAUACUGUUAUAUCCUGCAGGAACAGGGCCAACUCUGGAUUUGCAGAGGCGGGGCUUGAAUAAGAUGUCCUUAGUAAGACUCCUCUGAAUGAGACCACUCUCUCUGGCCCUUCUCCUGCUCAGUUCCUGUGGAAGGGCCAUAGCUCAGUGGGAGAGCAUGUGCCUGGCAUGCAGAAGGUGAAAGGUGCAAUACCUGUCAUCUCCAGGUAAAGUUGGGAAUACGUCCUGUAAGGAACUUUAGAAAGCUACUGCUGCUCAUGUUUCUAAAAUGGACAAUGGGGUGGGGACUUGGAGGUCCACAAAAAAAAACAUGCUUUGGGCAUCACAGCAGAGUACCACUUGGAUGCGUCAGUUUUUAAUAAUAAAAAACUUGAGGAAAAGUUUUAAAAGGACAGUUGUGGCAGUUGGGAACCCACAAAAAAAUUGGAGUACUUACUUUGCCAAAUCUUUAUUAGGCAUUACAAGUAUAGGCCAUCAUAAAACAUCCAUAUAUAAAGUUUUAAAAUAUAUACAAAUAAACAGCCAUUCAUAAUACGUAGUAACAAGAAUUUUCAUUGGAAUUUCUUCUGCUAAAUAGUGCCAUUUGCCACUCUAAGAGAUAUUAUUGACAAAUGCUCAGCCCCCCUUGCAGUUAAAAAUUGGAGUCUGCCUGUGGUCCUCAGAUUAAUGAACCCUAAAUUAAAGGAUCCAGUUGGCAAAACAAUGAGAUUGUUGUGAUAGAUUGCCCAUAAUUUUUGGAAGCAAAUUUGAGUUUUUAAUUUGACUUCAGAUUUGGCCGCACCAAUUUUGUAAAGGGUGUGUUUUGUUUUUUGUUUUUUUAAGGGUGACUUGAAGAGUUGGCAGCUUCCACACAGUGCAGCUGCCCACAUUGCGCUAUCAUGAAGGGAUGGCCCAUGUCAUGAUGCCUCUUGCCAUAGUGGGUUUUCCAUCCCUCAGAGAAAGGUGUGCACCUUUGUUAAAAAAAUUAAAGGAGGGCACUCUCAAUUUGUUUGAUAUCGUAAUGGAAUAAGAUGUUUUCGUUUUCAUUGUCCAAAUGACCAAAUUUUGGUCAAGGAGAUAAAGAACUACACAAUUUUUAGAGGACAUGUGAAGGCAGCCCUGUAUUUGGAAGUUUUUUUUAUGUUUGAUGUUAUAUUGUGUUUUUUAUAUGUGCUGGAAGCUGCCCAGAGUAGCUGGGGCAACCCAGGCGAAUGGGUGGGGUAUAGUAAUAGUAAUAGAAAUAGUAGUAAUAGUAAUAACAUGAUAACCAAAUUAAUUUAGAAGCCGCUGCAAAUCCACAUAAGUUCCAGUGUGUAUAGGCCCUGGAUUGCCUUUUAAACAUUUAGUAAGGGGCAAUGUAGGGGUGCGGGUGGCGCUGUGGUCUAAACCACUGAGCCUAGGGCUUGCCGAUUGGAAGGUCAGCGGUUCGAAUCCCUGCGACGGGGUGAGCUCCCGUUGCUCUGUGCCAGCUCCUGCCAACCUAGCAGUUUGAAAGCACAUCAAAGUGCAAGUAGUUAAAUAGGUACCGCUCUGGCGGGAAGGUAAACGGCAUUUCCGUACACUGCUCUGGUUUUGCCAGAAGUGGCUUAGUCAUGCUGGCCACAUGACCCGGAAAAACUGUCUGCGGACAAACGCUGGCUCCCUUGGCCAGUAAAGUGAGAUGAGCGCCACAACCCCAGAGUCGUUCGCAACUGGACUUAACUGUCAGGGGUCCUUUACCUUUAAGGGGCAAUGUACACACAACAGAGAAAAGCAGUGGUUUGGAGUCUGCAAUUCUAAGCAGAAAAGGGAGAAGGGAAAAGAGGGAUGAACUCUUUCCCUAUCUGGCAAUUUCCAGCUCAAAAUCACAUCAACCCAGCUGCUUCCCCCACCCUUCCACCCCACCCUCUUCACAUUGACAUAAAGCUCCAGAAACAAAUGUACAUCUGGAAUCCUACAGGGGGAAAUCAGCUUGGAGAGCCAUUUCAGUGUGGGAAAAUGGUAGGCAGGCAAGCAAAGAAUUAAGCACCCACUCGCAGCUCUCGACUGCAACGUCCCAAAGAUGCUUUUCUUCACGAACAAACAAAAAGUCUGCCAAGGCACACAUUUGCGUGAAGUGUGCCCUUCACCCCUAAGGAAAGCAAUUCAGUGGUGCUUGCAGUACAAAUGAGCACAGCAGGGAGCUCAGUGGGCCAAUUCUGUACCUUCUCCCACUAUAUUUUUCCCCUCUGAGGUAAUUAUCCCAUCUCACCUCAUAGCAUUUGAACUCGUUAAAUCCUUCCAGCUACAAAUGCAAUAUACUUUAGUGUUUCCUUUCAACAUUUUGACUUCCUUUUUGCAGCUGAAGACAAUAGGGUUUUUUUUGGGGGGGGGACAACUCAGAGGUGUAAAAGAGACUCUGUCACCCUCACUGGUUUUGCCCAGGUGUUUUCUCUGACCCAACAGACCUGGUGCAUGUUUGAGAAGCACCCAGAAAAUAUGAGAAAAGUGCAAAUGGAGAAGACAGUGGGAUGAGUGUGCCACAUUCCAUGGCGAUAGUGCCUUUGACAUCCCACUUGUAACUCUGAAAGAGCCUGUCUCUAUUUUAAAAAUGGAACUACAGUGGUACCUCAGUUUUUGAAUGUCUCAGAAGUCAAAUGUUUCAGUUUUCAAACGCUGAAAACCCAGAAAGAAAUGCUUCCGUUUUUCAACACACCUCAGAAGUCAAACGGCUUCUGCUGAGUUUGUUUCAAUUUUUUCUAUUGAAUUUGCAGACCGCCCUUGGUUUUCGAACAUUUCAGAAGUCGAAUGGUCUUCUGGAAUGGAUUACAUUCGAAAACCAAGGUACUGCUGUACAUGUUAGGGCUGAUGCUAAAAACAGUGGACCACCAUCAUCUGUUCCACCUGCCCCUGUUAAUAUUUGGUAAUGUUACAUGAACCCCAGUUUCCAAGCAGUGAAAGACCUCAGGGGAGCCAUAACAUACAUUGGGCUUGGUUUCCUUAGACAAUGUCACUGGAGACCUUGCAAAACUCAGUUGUAACUUCUCAGCAAAAGUAAGAAUCCAAUGCAUUCUAAGUAACCACCACACAAUAACUAUUUGGGAUAGCAAAGGAUAGGGAUGGGGAACCAAUUCAAUUCAGUUCACAUUUAAAGCUGAAUGUAUAAAAUUUGCACUUCCAAAGCAAUAUGAGAACCAAAACACAGCCAUCCUUCAAAAUGCACACUUAUCCAGAUUUUGUGAUACAGUUGUUCAACCAACUUGUGUUCACAAAAAUGCAUCGGAGGGAGGGGGAAUGUGCAUAAAAAGUAAUAUAUUUGCAUUAGGUUUACUCAAAUGCAUGUAUGUUUGAUAGGUUUACAUGGAAAAUCCAUUAAAAUAUUCUAAUAAAUAUAUUGGUGAAAGCAACAUACAAAAAUGCAUUAUAUUACUGGAAAAUGCGUUCAAAAAUGUGUACAUUCAUAGAUGUGCUUAUUAGGAGAAAUUUGCACAAAAAUGCUGAAGAAUUUUCAUGAAGAUUGCAUUUUUUAAAAAAUUGCUACAGAAAUGUGGCAAACUGAAUGUAAGAUUGGACAAAUGAGAAUGAGAAUGAUUUUUAUUUGCUUGCCUACUGCUUGUAAAGGCUGCAUUCAAUCCAUGGGCAUAGCUGAGGAAGGCUAGGGGGCAGCUGCCCCAGCCCAAAUCAAUAAAAUCAAUACAAAUCUGAGGUUCUGCCCCCCCAAAAAACCCUGCCCCCCAACAAAAGACUGCACCCCCUAACAACAAUCCUGGCUACACCCAUGAUUCAAUCCACUAUCUUUAAUGAAAUUUGUGUAAUCUAAUAGUAAUAGUACUUUGGUUACAAAGCCUUCUGCCAGUUUAUUAUUUCUAAAUAUUUCUUUUUGCCUAUAGGACUCUGAGAAAAUGCAACAAUUUAAGGAUGCCAUAGCAGCUCAGACAAAUUACACUAUUUUGGUAAGCAAAACAUUGUCUUGAUAAAACUCAGUUGUUUGGCAUGCCUAACCAUGAAAUUAAUUUACUCUUCAAAAGUCAUUAGAUUAAAAAAUGGAGCACAAUACUGACAAACAUCCUAUAUGUUUCUACAAAAUGUAGAGCAUACAGACCAAAGAAAACAGUCCUCAAUCUUUACCAGAUUUGGAAUGUGAGCUGGGUCUUUUUCCCUGUGUGUAGAUCCACCCUUGGUCUAUUGAAUUAGCUGGAUCAUUAUUUGCACACUGAAUAAUAGGGUGACAAUGAAUGCUUUCUUCUUCUCAGUUAUCAAAAUAAACAAUGAUUCUCACAAAAGCCAUAAUGACCAAACAAUCUAAUCUAAUUGAACCUAGUUUAAAUGGUUAAGGUAUUCUUGAAUUUUCAGAUUCAGUUUCGCUGUCAAGAUCUCAUUAGCGGGGUUGGGGGGAUGGGUGCAAAACAGCAUCAAUCAAUGUUUAUUAUGGCAGACAGCCAGCAUAUAUAUACACACACACACACACACACACACACAUAUUAGUUAUAAUUCAGUCCCACUGAAGUCAAUGUGAAAUGUUAGUAAUGACUAACUGAAGACUUGUUCAUUUCAGUGAGAUCUGUGUGCAACUAGCUUAGUCUAGCUCUUCCCUUAAAUUUAUAUAUUGCACCUACAUAGGAUAUCCAAGGGGUCUCCCAUCCUGGAGACUGUUUGAGUCAUCCCUCACUUAGCUUCAGUGGUACAGCUUCACUUGAUCUCAGAUCAUCCUCUUAAUCCAGUGGUGGCCAAACUUGACCCUCCAGCUGGUUUUGGACUACAACUCCCAUCAUCCCUAGCUGGAAGGACCAGUGGGUCAGGGAUGGUGGGAAUUGUAGUCUCAAAACAGCUGGAGGGCCAAGUUUGGCCACCACUGUCUUAAUCCCACGAUUGGCAUGCUAAUUAAUGGAUGACAAAUCUCUUGUGCUUCAGAGUUAGGUUGGGAUGCAGACUGAAAUAAACUAAUAAUUAAUGGUACAUCCUUGAGGAAUUUAAUUCUCAGAGACUAGAUGUAAAUUUCCCAUCAGCUUUGAUCAUUUAUAUUUCCUAAUUACUUCUAAAGUAGCACACUUUGAAACAUUUGUGUAGCUCAUCAGUUGGGGUGUGAAGGAUGACAGAGCCUAAAUUGCCAACUUUUGAACUUGCUCCCACUGCUGGGCCUUUAACAGCCACUUGAUCUGCGGCAGCAGUUAGUAGCAGCUUUAUUAUUUAUUUGCAAACAUAUCAGAAGAUGAACGAUAAAACGUCCUUCAUAUGAAGUAGCACAAAAUAUACCACAAAUUGGUAGAUUGGAUUAAUACAUCACCACAUCUGGCUUCCGUUCAAAGUGAAGAACAGGAAAGCCACAGUUGGUUUUCUUUCUGGCCCAGUAGGAAAAAUACCCAUCUCAUUAUUAACAACAACAAAAUUAAUCACAGAGUAAUGUUAUUUAGUUGUCCCUUUGUUAGAAAAACAGUGCUGCUAGAUUACACUUGUCAUCUUAAAAAAAUAAUAAUUUAAAUAGUAUAUCCAUCCCCCUACCCCUGCGUUGACUCACCUUUUAUUUUGUAAGCUCAGCUUAGUCUCUUUCUCUUCCGACAUGAUAUUAAUCUAUCUUGGAAAAACGUCGUGGGUCAGAGGCUUAUAAAUCAUGUUGGAUAGCAAAAUAUUUCCAUUGAUCCUUCAGUCUGUUCCUCUUGAUGGGGUAGAACUGAUGGUGACCAGUCUUAGGUUUUAUGAUCUUUUCUCAAAAGUCAUUUAAUAUGUGCACCAGUGGACAUGCCAGUAUUAGUCUCCAGGGUGCAAGUUUUCCAAAUGAGGCAUGAAAGGUUAAUUCAUUCCUUGGCCUUAGCAUCAUCCAUCUAAGAUAUUAGCAAAGGCAACCACCAUUUUGCUUAGCUGGAACCCUCUUCUUCUCCCUUCCUCAAUUCUGUGAAACUGGAUGUUUAGAUUCUGCCUCUGCCACAAACUCGCUACAUGGCCCAAGGAAAGCUACUGCCUCCCACUUUCAGAUCCCUCGCCGUAAAAUGAGAAUAAUAACCCCAAAUCCUAAUUUAUAGUGUUGUUGUAAAUAUUACUGUUACAGUGUAUGAGAGAUGGUUUGAACGCAAGCAAGUGCUUUUUGUAAAUGCUCACCUUGGGCCACCAUACCCUACCUUCCAGGGUUGUUGUGCAGAUUAAGUAGCGAAGGGCAGAACCACAUUGCUCAUUGGAGGAAAGGCAGCAAAGGCAGAUCUAGGGGAGCGUUAACAGUGCCAUCGCACCAGGCACAGAACUUCUGGGGUGCCACAACUAUGGCAUCCAACAGAAGGUGGGAGACAGGAGGUGCCGGAUUUUGGCAUCACACAGAGCCCCACUGAAAUUUGAGACACCAAGUUCCACCACCGAGGGCAAGAUAUAAUGAUGCUGUUGUUUAAUUGUUUAGUCGUGUCCGACUCUUCAUGACCCCAUGGACCAGAGCACGCCAGGCACUCCUGUCUUCCACUGCCUCCUGCAGUUUGGUCAAACUCAUGCUGGUAGCUUCGAGAACACUGUCCAACCAUCUCGUCCUCUGUCGUCCCCUUCUCCUUGUGCCCUCCAUCUUUCCCAACAUCAGGGUCUUCCAGGGAGUCUUCUCUUCUCAUGAGGUGGCCAAAGUAUUGGAGCCUCAGCUUCAGGAUCUGUCCUUCCAGUGAGCACUCAGGGCUGACUUCCUUAAGAAUGGAUAGGUUUGAUCUUCUUGCAGUCCAUGGGACUCUCAAAAGUCUCCUCCAGCACCAUAAUUCAAAAGCAUCAAUUCUUCGGCGGUCAGCCUUCUUUAUGGUCCAGCUCUCACUUCCAUACACCACUACUGGGAAAACCAUAGCUUUAACUAUACAAACAUAACUAUACAGAUAUAAUGAUAAAUGAAAUAAAUACAUACAUACUUUCCCAUUUCUUAUGGACCUGUGCCUCUUCCUGUUAUUUCUGCAGUUUUUCUGCUCUAACUCAUCAGUAGUUCCCCAAUUUAUUUCUAGGUGGAAACAAACCAAGUGGAAGGUAAUAUAAGGGAGACACCAUUUCUCUUAGUGUGCUCACAGCAAUGUUUGGCAGGUUUUUGAAGCACUAUAACAACCUGCAAAACCUGUUUUAAACAGAGAUGACCACAAGAUCAGCUUGCAUACCAGAAGCUAUCAUGCCUCACAUAUCACUGUUGGCUGUCUGAGGAGAAAAUAUUAUCUGUCACCAGGCUCCUCAAUUGAAUAUUUGAUCAGGAGGGAGAGGAAUCAAUAACAUGCACUAAAUGUGGUGUUUGAACAAAUUCUAACCUUAGCUUGGGGAAAAAAAUAUAUUGGGGGCAUUUGCCAUGUUUUAAAAUUUUCUGCAACUUUGUAGGUUAUACUUCUCUUACAAUUAUUUAGAUUUUUAUGUGAGAAAUUAAGGAACUGAACACUGUUAAAAUACUGAACACUGUUAAAAUUCAAACGUGCUGAAGAGCUGUGCACACACAUAUAUUUGAUUUCUAGGAAUAGUCACCUGAAAAAAUUUGCAGUGCAGGUCUAGCGAGAAACUUCACUGAGUUUAGUGGGAUGUAUUCCCAGGGGUGUUUAGGAUUGCAAACUUAAUUUACUACUUUGAGUUUAGAUUUGACUAAUAUUGUAUCCAUUCCGCUUGCCUGAUCUACGUUGACAUAGAUGACAUUCCUUCAGUGUGUUGCUAAUUUUAGGAAACACUAGAAGGUAGGGGGUUUUCUCAUGGAAAAAGUAUAGAAAAGCAAACAUUUCCAUUGAGCAUCGCUGACUGUCCAGUCACUCUGAGUACUGUAGCUCUGUGAGGUGUAUAAGGUCUCUGAACAACUAUCAACACCAGGAAUUCUUUUCAGCCACAACUCAGUUAUGGCACCUCCCAGGUGGGCACCAUUGCCAUUAUAAGAGAACGAGGGUUGCAUUUAUGGUGAGUUCUGGAACCUCUUUUUCAAGAAAAAUAGCACUGCUCAACAGACCACGGUUCCCAGAAUUCUUUGGGGGAAGCCAUGGCUAUUUAAAGUGCUAUGGCACUGGUUUAAAUCCAUAGUGCAAAUGGGGCCACAGUGUGUAGGAUCUGGAAGUGUGCUCUGAACCCACCAGAAACAAUUGCAGGCAAUAGUAUAUUACACUAAUAGAGCUCUCCUUUAUAUGCUGAUCUAAGUCCCAAUGAGUUCAGGGGGACAUGCUGCCAGAUAAGUGAGCAUUGAACCCAAACCGGAAAUUGAGGGAAUAGAGAAUCCCUCCCACUCCAACCAAGCAGCAUGAAAUUAAGUUCAUUGGUACUGACAUCCAAGGGAUGUGUCUUCAGUUUGGGGCAUGUUCAGUUAUAACCCAUUCUAUAUGCUGUUUUGGCUAGGCUAUUACAGGGAUGGCAAUAGACAACCACUUGCUAGGACUGCGAGAGAUAGCCCGUGAACAUUUCAAGGAGCUGCCAGACAUAUUUACUGAUGAAACGUAUUUGACAAGCAAUCGAUUUAUUCUCUCCACCAGCCAGGUGAGCGAAAUUCAUAUCGGGAUUAGUCAUAAAAAAGGAACCCCAUUAUUCUCGCCGUGACAAAUGUUAUGAAUCAGUGACAACCUUUUGACAUAUGUUGUGGAGGUUUAGUGACUCCGGCAGCACUCCCAAAUGCCUCGGGGGUUCUCGUCCCUUUCAUUUUUGACAACCAAAAUUAAUAGCUCAGUGGCAACAAAAAGGUAAGAGGGUGAAAUCUAAGGGAUGGGCAAACCGUGGUCCACAGACCUGAUGCCUUCCACAAAGAAGAGCCCAGAUGGAUCAAAGCAAAGGCCUCUCUGGUCCAGCUACAUAGUCACAUGGUGACCAACCAGGUGUCAGUCAGAAGGCCACAAGCAGGACGUGAAUAAAGCAGCCUUCACUCAUGAUCACCAGGAACUGGUAUUUAGAGGCAGAUCCCCUGAAAUAGCAGGUGUAGUACAGUCGUACCUUGGAAGUCAAACAGAGUCCAUUCCAGAAGUCCGUUCGACUUCCAUAACAUUGGGAAACCAAAGAGCGGCUUCUGAUUGGCUGAAGGAAGCUCCUGCAGCCAAUCGGAAGCCACGGAAGCCUCAUUGGACAUUCGGCUUCCGAAAAUCGUUCGAAAACUGCAACACACACUCAUGGGUUUUGAUCGUUUGGGAGUUGAUUUGUUUGGGAGCCAAGGCAUUUGAGAUCCAAGGUACAACUAUACACAGUUGCCAUGACUAAUCACCAUUUGUAAACUACCAGAUAAAUCUGUUUAAUCUAACUCAUUCCUAAAGAAAUGAAAGUGGUUUCCAAAACGUUGCAUGGAAGAGAAAGUCCAUAUUUUGUUACAUCGCUCGGACUCCAAGAGGCACAGAAAGAGGCAGAGCUGCUUAAUUUUGGACCGCUCCUCUGGAGAGCAUCUGCCUCUCCCAAUGGCAGCAUAAGAUGGUUUUAUUCAAAUGGGCUUUUGGUGGCUACAAGUUGAGUAGAAUAAGGAUGGAUAUGCUUGUUUUUGUUGUAAAAAAACAAAUCAUAUGCCACUCUUUGUCACAUUAGAUUUCAGGACAGCGUACAAAAUAAAAUCAAUACGAAUAAAACAAAAAUAAAACAGCAGACAAGCCAUAAAACAGACUGAAACUAAUUUUGUUAAAAUACCUGGGUAUUUUGCCAGACUCUUGGGGGAUCGCAAUAUUGGAGCCAGGCAAAUGCCCUCUUUGGACAAAGCAUAUUAUUUACUCAGCCCAAGCACUACGGAAAAGUAGGCUAGCAGUCCAAUUAAUUAAAUAAGGCUCUCCUUCUGUAUCUCUUACCCCCUCUGCCAUCUAGCCAGGUGUGCCUGGGUGUGUAAGUCCACAACAAAGAAACAGAUGAGAUUUCGAAACAUCAAAUAUGAUACGAGGACCACUUCCAUUAAAGUCAAUGGGACUCCAUUGCUGUAGGAGAAAAAGGGAAAACACUCUCUCCUGCUGGCUCAUUCCUACUGUCGAGAGCCCGAUGGCUCAUACAUCAGUAUUACUUAUUAGUAUCAUCAUUAAAGAAAGUGCUUUUAAUUUUCAAAGUACUGUAUAGUCUCUUGUCUCAUUCGUCUUCAAAACAACACUGUCAUGUAAAUAGGUCACUACUCCUUUCAUUUUACAGACCGAGAAUUGAAAAGAUAGAUAUUCCUUCAAAACCACCCACUAACUACAUGAUAAGUAGGAAUUUUAUCCUAGGCAACUACCCCUCAGCAGAAAGUUUGGGGACAAGAGAAACCAAUUUCCAUGGGCUCCUCCUAAACCUGAAUUGCUAGCUGCAUCCAGCAUGCCCUCACCAAAUUUUUCAAACUCUGUAGAAAAGGAGUCCUAUAAUAAUUCCUAUCUGCUGGAUUUAAGCCACACAAAAACCCCACAGCUGACCCCAGAAAUCACCCAUGCCCCUCUUUGCAUCGUGCUCAGGACAAACUCCAUGAUGCAAAAGCCAUUCUUUCAUAUGCAGACCGAGUGUGGCAUUACAAGUUGAUUAAUGAUGUGGGUUCUUUGUUUCUAAAAUUGUAAUUUCUACUGUUUAAAUUAAAGCGUUCUUCAAGCCACAAAGCCCACCAGCAUUUAGCAACAUCACAUUUCUGUAUAUACAGUAGCAAUUUUAAAGACAUAUUUAAUACACCUGGGAUAAUGAAUUUGAUGAAACUGUAUGUCAGAUAUAUACAGUGCUUUUUUCUUUUAAAAAGAUGUUUAGGGGUACUCUCAUUUUCCUACUCAUAUGGAAAUACUGCCCCUCAAAGAGGCCAAACUUAGAUUCACAAAAUGUUUAGGGGUAUGUUUACCCCUGUGCCCCCCCCCCAAAAAAGCACUAUAUAUGGGAGGAAGACCUCUGGACUGAAAGGGGGUGGUGCUAAUACAAUGCACAAACACAACAGCCUUAAUAAGUAAUUGGAUCCAGCCAUGAUGUCUGUGGCUUUUCAAAUAUGACAGAGUGUAACCAGAAUACCACUACAUAAAUUCUCCAAGAAACUAUCCAUGGGCAAAAAAGUGAAUCUGAAUAGCUUCAUAGCCUUCGGCUGUUGCACAGCAAAUUUAUCUGACAAUUCUAUGACUCUAUUAGUGGGACUAAUGGUCUGUCCUGUGCCAUUAAAAAGCCAAAUGUCAUCUCUGAAAGCUUGAGUACAACAAAAAGCAGGAAUGCAUGGAUUUCUGAACAAAUAACAUCUUCGCUUUACUAGGGAGCAUUUUAUCCCAUUACAACAUUAUAGAAUAAUCAAAGCUUUAAUUGGAGGGGGUGUGGAUCCAGCUAAGCGAUACCAUCAGUGUGUACUGAUUCCUAAGCUUCCUCCCAACAAUAAAUCUUUGAGAUUUAUGUAAGCCCUUCCAGUAAACUGAAUGAAAUCUCAAGAGCAGUUGGGUAUUAAAACCACAGGAAUAAGGAAGCAAUCUUUAACCACCAGUACAGUUCUUAUUCAAAAGAGACAAUGAGCAAAAGAAACAAUGAGCACAUUAUGCACAUUUAAAGAUCAUACCUUUUUUUUUUUACAAAGAUAAUCAAAUCAUAGUGGGCAAGAUCUCUAGGCAAGAUCAGAAGCCCAAGAAGACUUUAGACUUGCUUUUCUAGAACAGGUGCCACCUGCUCCCUUGACAUGCGGCCAACUAUAUUUGAAAAUCGGGGUUUCAAAAGCAUUUUGUGGUGUGGGUGUGGGUGUGGGUGUGUGGGUGUGGGUGUGGGUGUGUGUGUGUGAGAGAGAGAGAGAGAGAGAGAGAGAGAGAGAGAGAGAGAUUCAAAUUAAAAUAGUCAAAAAUUCCACUGGGCUUGUCUAUGCAUCUUGUGUCAAUCUUUAGAUCCCUUUGGCUAAUAUUCUAUAGCCUUACAAAUGUCUCUGUGGGAAGUGGGGGGGGUAUUGUUUUGCUGUUUUGAUUUACUUGUUUUAAUCCUGUGUUUUAUGCUGUGAACCACCCUGAGAUAUUAUGAAGGGUGGAAUAAUAAUAAUAAUAAUAAUAAUAAUAAUAAUAAUAAUAAAUUAAAAUGUAUCAAGAUCAUGCAAUUGUAUGUAAGAACCAUUUUAAGCAAUGAUCCAAAUCCAGGAAAAGAUAUUUGAAUAAAUACUAAACCAAGCAAAACUCUCUCCUUCAAACAGCAAAACUUGUGCCUGAGUUACCAACAGAAAUAAGAGUCUGAGCAGGACCACUAAGAAACAAGUGGGAGGUGUUUGGAUGUUUGUUUGGAGAAGUACGGCUUUUUUUUUAUAAAAGCACCAAAGGGAUCACUUUUUGUGAAAAAAUAGAUUGGUUCAUGCAAUAAAUAAAGAAGCUCUUUUUAAAAAAGCAACCAGCUGAAUGAAGACUUAAGCAUGCUGAGGGGCUUUGAGGAGCAACAUAAAGUUGAGCCUUGGUUGGAAAACUUUGGAGAGAGGGAUAAAUUGGGCAACUAGAGCUCCUCAGAGGUUAUAGCAUCCUAUGAGAGGUUAUGGGUGGGUGGCUUACUGGAACCCUGAACAGGACCACUCCUGCUCGUGGGGGACAGGUUAGCAUAUUCUGGAACCAUUUAUUGCAAGUCCCAAUUGUAACUAUUAUUUUGCAUUUCCUAUACUCCUAGACUAAGAAGGCAAGAUCUGAGCUAUGUGACACUAUGUAAUUCUUUACAAUUACCAAGUUAUUUCAACAGUACUUUUUUAUUCGGCAAGCCGCCCUGAGACCUCCGGGUAAUAGAGCGGCAUAUAUAUUCAAUAAAUAAUAAGAAAAUAAUGAUACUUUAAUGUAGCUUCAUUUCUUUGUUCAGGUUCCAACCACCAUGGGGAUGUUCUGCUGCUAUGGACCUGUGAUUCCUAAUGGCUAUGGUGCUUGCUAUAAUCCACAGCCAGAGCAUAUAUUAUUCUGCAUCUCCAGCUUUAAAGACUGCAAAGAGACCUCCUCCAGCAAAUUUGCUAAAGCUGUGGGAGAAAGCCUCAUGGAUAUGAAACAGCUGUGCAACAAAUGCAACUUGCCCAAGACAACCACUCCAACUAAACAAGGAGCACCUUCAACACCUCGACCUGGCAGUAAGCACUAA